CAUCACGACGCUCUGGGGCGUCCGGGAGAGCAUCGCGACGCUCUGGGGCGUCCGGGGAGAGCAUCGCGACGCUCUGGGGCGUCCGGGGAGAGCAUCGCGACGCUCUGGGGCGUCCGGGGAGAGCAUCGCGACGCUCUGGGGCGUCCGGGGAGAGCAUCGCGACGCUCUGGGGCGUCCGGGGAGAGCAUCGCGACGCUCUGGGGCGUCCGGGGAGAGCAUCGCGACGCUCUGGGGCGUCCGGAGAGAGCAUCGCGACGCUCUGGGGCGGCUAGGGAGAGCAUCGCGACGCUCUGGGGCGUCCGGGGAGAGCAUCGCGACGCUCUGGGGCGUCCGGGGAGAGCAUCGCGACGCUCUGGGGCGUCCGGGGAGAGCAUCGCGACGCUCUGGGGCGUCCAGGGAGAGCAUCGCGACGCUCUGGGGCGUCCGGGGAGAGCAUCGCGACGCUCUGGGGCGUCCGGGGAGAGCAUCGCGACGCUCUGGGGCGUCCGGGGAGAGCAUCGCGACGCUCUGGGGCGUCCGGGGAGAGCAUCGCGACGCUCUGGGGCGUCCGGGGAGCAUCGCGACGCUCUGGGGCGUCCGGGAGAGCAUCGCGACGCUCUGGGGCGUCCGGGGAGAGCAUCGCGACGCUCUGGGGCGUCCGGGGAGAGCAUCGCGACGCUCUGGGGCGUCCGGGGAGAGCAUCGCGACGCUCUGGGGCGUCCGGGGAGCAUCGCGACGCUCUGGGGCGUCCGGGGAGAGCAUCGCGACGCUCUGGGGCGUCCGGGAGAGCAUCGCGACGCUCUGGGGCGUCCGGGAGAGCAUCGCGACGCUCUGGGGCGUCCGGGGAGAGCAUCGCGAUGCUCUGGGGCGUCCGGGGAGAGCAUCGCGAUGCUCUGGGGCGUCCGGGGAGAGCAUCGCGACGCUCUGGGGGCGUCCGGGGAGAGCAUCGCGACGCUCUGGGGCGUCCGGGGAGAGCAUCGCGACGCUCUGGGGCGUCCGGGGAGAGCAUCGCGACGCUCUGGGGGGGGGAGGAGGGCAUGCUCGGGGGCGUCCGGGGAGAGCAUCGCGACGCUCUGGGGCGUCCGGGGGGGCGUCCGGGAGAGCAUCGCGGCGACGCUCUGGGGAGAGGGAGGGGCGUCCGGGGAGAGCAUCGCGACGCUCUGGGGCGUCCGGGGAGAGCAUCGCGACCGGGGGAGAAGCGACGCUCUGGGGCGUCCGGGAGAGCAUCGCGACGCUCUGGGGCGUCCGGGGAGAGCAUCGCGACGCUCUGGGGCGUCCGGGGAGAGCAUCGCGACGCUCUUGGGCGUCCGGGGAGAGCAUCGCGACGCUCUGGGGGGGCGUCCGGGGAGCAUCGCGACGCUCUGGGGCGGGGGGGGGCGGCUGGGGAGAGCAUCGCGACGCUCUGGGGCAUCAUCGUCCGGGGAGAGCAUGGCGACGCUCUCUGGGCGUCCGGGGAGAGCAUCGCGACGCUCUGGGGCGUCCGGGGAGAGCAUCGCGACGCUCUGGGGGCGUCCGGGGAGAGCAUCGCGACGCUCUGGGGCGUCCGGGAAGAGCAUCGCGACGCUCUGGGGCGUCCGGGAGAGCAUCGCGACGCUCUGGGGCGUCCGGGGAGAGCAUCGCGACGCUCUGGGGGGCUGGGUCCGGGGAGUCCCGCUCCGGGGAGAGCAUCUCGAUCUCGGACGCUCUGGGGCGUCCGGGGAGAGAUCGGGGCGUCCGGGGGGAGAGAGCAUCGCGACGCUCUGGGGCGGGGGGGAGAGGCAUCGGACGCUCGGGGCGUCCGGGGAGAGCAUCGCGACGCUCGGGGGGGAGAGCAUCGCGACGCUCUGGGGCGUCCGGGGAGAGCAUCGCGAUGCUCUGGGCCUCCGGGGACCAUCGCUCUGGGGUCCGGGGAGAGCAUCGCGACGCUCUGGGGCGUCCGGGGAGAGAGCAUCGCGACGCUCUGGGGCGUCCGGGGAGAGCAUCGCGACGCUCUGGGCGUCCGGGGAGAGCAUCGCGACGCUCUGGGGCGUCCGGGGAGAGCAUCGCGACGCUCUGGGGCGUCCGGGGAGAGCAUCGCGACGCUCUGGGGCGUCGGGGAGAGCAUCGCGACGCUCUGGGUCCGGGGAGCAUCGCGACGCUCUGGGGCGUCCGGGAGAGCAUCGCGACGCUCUGGGGCGUCCGGGGAGAGCAUCGCGACGCUCUGGGGCGUCCGGGGAGAGCAUCGCGACGCUCUGGGGCGUCCGGGAGAGCAUCGCGACGCUCUGGGGCGUCCGGGGAGAGCAUCGCGACGCUCUGGGGCGUCCGGGGAGAGCAUCGCGACGCUCUGGGGCGUCCGGGGAGAGCAUCGCGACGCUCUGGGGCGUCCAGGGAGAGCAUCGCGACGCUCUGGGGUGUCCGGGGAGAGCAUCGCGACGCUCUGGGGCGUCCGGGAGAGCAUCGCGACGCUCUGGGGCGUCCGGGGAGAGCAUCGCGACGCUCUGGGGCGUCCGGGGAGAGCAUCGCGACGCUCUGGGGCGUCCGGGGAGAGCAUCGCGACGCUCUGGGGCGUCCGGGGAGAGCAUCGCGACGCUCUGGGGCGUCCGGGGAGAGCAUCGCGACGCUCUGGGGCGUCCGGGGAGAGCAUCGCGACGCUCUGGGGCGUCCGGGGAGAGCAUCGCGACGCUCUGGGGGCGUCCGGGGAGAGCAUCGCGACGCUCUGGGGCGUCGGGGAGAGCAUCGCGACGCUCUGGGGCGUCCGGGGAGAGCAUCGCGACGCUCUGGGGCGUCCGGGGAGAGCAUCGCGACGCUCUGGGCGUCCGGGGAGAGCAUCGCGAUGCUCUGGGGCGUCCGGGGAGAGCAUCGCGACGCUCUGGGGCGUCCGGGGAGAGCAUCGCGACGCUCUGGGGCGUCCGGGGAGAGCAUCGCGACGCUCUGGGGGGCGUCCGGGGAGAGCAUCGCGACGCUCUGGGGCGUCCGGGGAGAGCAUCGCGACGCUCUGGGGCGUCCGGGGAGAGCAUCGCGACGCUCUGGGGCGGGGGGGGCGUCCGGGGAGCAUCGCGACGCUCUGGGGCGUCCGGGGAGAGCAUCGCGACGCUCUGGGGCGUCCAGGGAGAGCAUCGCGAUGCUCUGGGGCGUCCGGGGAGAGCAUCGCGACGCUCUGGGGCGUCCGGGGAGAGCAUCGCGACGCUCUGGGGCGUCCGGGGAGAGCAUCGCGACGCUCUGGGGCGUCCGGGGAGAGCAUCGCGACGCUCUGGGGCGUCCGGGGAGAGCAUCGCGACGCUCUGGGGCGUCCGGGGAGAGCAUCGCGACGCUCUGGGGCGUCCGGGGAGAGCAUCGCGACGCUCUGGGGCGUCCGGGAGAGCAUCGCGACGCUCUGGGGGCGUCCGGGGAGAGCAUCGCGACGCUCUGGGGCGUCCGGGGAGAGCAUCGCGACGCUCUGGGGCGUCCGGGGAGAGCAUCGCGACGCUCUGGGCGUCCGGGGAGAGCAUCGCGACGCUCUGGGGCGUCGGGGAGAGCAUCGCGACGCUCUGGGGCGUCCGGGGAGAGCAUCGCGACGCUCUGGGGCGUCCGGAGAGAGCAUCGCGACGCUCUGGGGCGUCCGGGGAGAGCAUCGCGACGCUCUGGGGCGUCCGGGGAGAGCAUCGCGACGCUCUGGGGCGUCCGGGGAGAGCAUCGCGACGCUCUGGGGCGUCCGGGGAGAGCAUCGCGACGCUCUGGGGCGUCCGGGGAGCAUCGCGACGCUCUGGGGCGUCCGGGGAGAGCAUCGCGACGCUCUGGGGCGUCCGGGGAGAGCAUCGCGACGCUCUGGGGCGUCCGGGGAGAGCAUCGCGACGCUCUGGGGCGUCCGGGGAGAGCAUCGCGACGCUCUGGGGCGUCCGGGGAGAGCAUCGCGACGCUCUGGGGCGUCCGGGGAGAGCAUCGCGACGCUCUGGGGCGUCCGGGGAGAGCAUCGCGACGCUCUGGGGCGUCCGGGAGAGCAUCGCGACGCUCUGGGGCGUCCGGGGAGAGCAUCGCGACGCUCUGGGGCGUCCGGGGAGAGCAUCGCGACGCUCUGGGGCGUCCGGGGAGAGCAUCGCGACGCUCUGGGGCGUCCGGGGAGAGCAUCGCGACGCUCUGGGGCGUCCGGGGAGAGCAUCGCGACGCUCUGGGGCGUCCGGGGAGAGCAUCGCGAUGCUCUGGGGCGUCCGGGAGAGCAUCGCGACGCUCUGGGGCGUCCGGGGAGAGCAUCGCGACGCUCUGGGGCGUCCGGGGAGAGCAUCGCGACGCUCUGGGGCGUCCGGGGAGAGCAUCGCGACGCUCUGGGGCGUCCGGGGAGAGCAUCGCGACGCUCUGGGGCGUCCGGGGAGAGCAUCGCGACGCUCUGGGGCGUCCGGGGAGAGCAUCGCGACGCUCUGGGGCGUCCAGGGAGAGCAUCGCGACGCUCUGGGGCGUCCGGGUAGAGCAUCGCGACGCUCUGGGCGUCCGGGAGAGCAUCGCGACGCUCUGGGGCGUCCGGGAGAGCAUCGCGACGCUCUGGGGCGUCCGGGGAGAGCAUCGCGACGCUCUGGGGCGUCCGGGGAGAGCAUCGCGACGCUCUGGGGCGUCCGGGGAGAGCAUCGCGACGCUCUGGGGCGUCCGGGGAGAGCAUCGCGACGCUCUGGGGCGUCCGGGGAGAGCAUCGCGACUCUCUGGGGCGUCCGGGGAGAGCAUCGCGACGCUCUGGGGCGUCCGGGGAGAGCAUCGCGACGCUCUGGGGCGUCCGGGGAGAGCAUCGCGACGCUCUGGGGCGUCCGGGGAGAGCAUCGCGACGCUCUGGGGCGUCCGGGGAGAGCAUCGCGACGCUCUGGGGCGUCCGGGAGAGCAUCGCGACGCUCUGGGGCGUCCGGGGAGAGCAUCGCGACGCUCUGGGGCGUCCGGGAGAGCAUCGCGACGCUCUGGGGCGUCCGGGGAGAGCAUCGCGACGCUCUGGGGCGUCCGGGGAGAGCAUCGCGACGCUCUGGGGCGUCCGGGGAGAGCAUCGCGACGCUCUGGGGCGUCCGGGGAGAGCAUCGCGACGCUCUGGGGCGUCCGGGGAGAGCAUCGCGACGCUCUGGGGCGUCCGGGGAGAGCAUCGCGACGCUCUGGGGCGUCCGGGGAGAGCAUCGCGACGCUCUGGGGCGUCCGGGGAGAGCAUCGCGACGCUCUGGGGCGUCCGGGGAGAGCAUCGCGACGCUCUGGGGCGUCCGGGGAGAGCAUCGCGACGCUCUGGGGCGUCCGGGGAGAGCAUCGCGACGCUCUGGGGCGUCCGGGAGAGCAUCGCGACGCUCUGGGGCGUCCGGGGAGAGCAUCGCGACGCUCUGGGGCGUCCGGGGAGAGCAUCGCGACGCUCUGGGGCGUCCGGGGAGAGCAUCGCGACGCUCUCUGGGGCGUCCGGGGAGCAUCGCGACGCUCUGGGGCGUCCGGGGAGAGCAUCGCGACGCUCUGGGGCGUCCGGGGAGAGCAUCGCGACGCUCUGGGGCGUCCGGGGAGAGCAUCGCGACGCUCUGGGGCGUCCGGGGAGAGCAUCGCGACGCUCUGGGCGUCCGGGGAGAGCAUCGCGACGCUCUGGGGCGUCCGGGGAGAGCAUCGCGACGCUCUGGGGCGUCCGGGGAGAGCAUCGCGACGCUCUGGGGCGUCCGGGAGAGCAUCGCGACGCUCUGGGGCGUCCGGGGAGAGCAUCGCGACGCUCUGGGGCGUCCGGGGAGAGCAUCGCGACGCUCUGGGGCGUCCGGGGAGAGCAUCGCGACGCUCUGGGGCGUCCGGGGAGAGCAUCGCGACGCUCUGGGGCGUCCGAGGAGAGCAUCGCGACGCUCUGGGGCGUCCGGGGAGAGCAUCGCGACGCUCUGGGGCGUCCGGGGGAGAGCAUCGCGACGCUCUGGGGCGUCCGGGGAGAGCAUCGCGACGCUCUGGGGCGUCCGGGGAGAGCAUCGCGACGACUCUGGGGCGUCCGGGGAGAGCAUCGCGACGCUCUGGGGCGUCCGGGGAGAGCAUCGCGACGCUCUGGGGCGUCCGGGGAGAGCAUCGCGACGCUCUGGGGCGUCCGGGGAGCAUCGCGACGCUCUGGGGCGUCCGGGGAGAGCAUCGCGACGCUCUGGGGCGUCCGGGGAGAGCAUCGCGACGCUCUGGGGCGUCCGGGGAGAGCAUCGCGACGCUCUGGGGCGUCCGGGGAGAGCAUCGCGACGCUCUGGGGCGUCCGGGGAGAGCAUCGCGACGCUCUGGGGCGUCCGGGGAGAGCAUCGCGACGCUCUGGGGCGUCCGGGGAGAGCAUCGCGACGCUCUGGGGCGUCCGGGGAGAGCAUCGCGACGCUCUGGGGCGUCCGGGGAGAGCAUCGCGACGCUCUGGGGCGUCCGGGAGAGCAUCGCGACGCUCUGGGGCGUCCGGGGAGAGCAUCGCGACGCUCUGGGGCGUCCGGGGAGAGCAUCGCGACGCUCUGGGGCGUCCGGGGAGAGCAUCGCGACGCUCUGGGGCGUCCGGGAGAGCAUCGCGACGCUCUGGGGCGUCCGGGAGAGCAUCGCGACGCUCUGGGGCGUCCGGGGAGAGCAUCGCGACGCUCUGGGGCGUCCGGGGAGAGCAUCGCGAUGCUCUGGGGCGUCCGGGGAGAGCAUCGCGACGCUCUGGGGCGUCCGGGGAGAGCAUCGCGACGCUCUGGGGCGUCCGGGGAGAGCAUCGCGACGCUCUGGGGCGUCCGGGGAGAGCAUCGCGACGCUCUGGGGCGUCCGAGGAGAGCAUCGCGACGCUCUGGGGCGUCCGGGAGAGCAUCGCGACGCUCUGGGGCGUCCGGGGAGAGCAUCGCGACGCUCUGGGGCGUCUGGGGAGAGCAUCGCGACGCUCUGGGGCGUCCGGGGAGAGCAUCGCGACGCUCUGGGGCGUCCGGGGAGAGCAUCGCGACGCUCUGGGGCGUCCAGGUGAGCAUCGCGACGCUCUGGGGCGUCCGGGGAGAGCAUCGCGACGCUCUGGGGCGUCCGGGGAGAGCAUCGCGACGCUGGGGGGUGGGGGGGGGGGGGGGGAGAGCAUCGCGACGCUCUGGGCGUCCGGGGAGAGCAUCGCGACGCUCUGGGGCGUCCGGGGAGAGCAUCGCGACGCUCUGGGGCGUCCGGGAGAGCAUCGCGACGCUCUGGGGCGUCCGGGAGAGCAUCGCGACGCGCUGGGGCGUCCGGGAGAGCAUCGCGACGCUCUGGGGCGUCCGGGGAGAGCAUCGCGACGCUCUGGGGCGUCCGGGGAGAGCAUCGCGCGCUCUGGGGCGUCCGGGGAGAGCAUCGCGACGCUCUGGGGGCGUCCGGGGAGCAUCGCGACGCUCUGGGGCGUCCGGGAGAGCAUCGCGACGCUCUGGGGCGUCCGGGGAGAGCAUCGCGACGCUCUGGGGCGUCCGGGGAGAGCAUCGCGACGCUCUGGGGCGUCCGGGGAGAGCAUCGCGACGCUCUGGGGCGUCCGGGGAGAGCAUCGCGACGCUCUGGGGCGUCCGGGAGAGCAUCGCGACGCUCUGGGGCGUCCGGGAGAGCAUCGCGACGCUCUGGGGCGUCCGGGGAGAGCAUCGCGACGCUCUGGGGCGUCCGGGGGAGAGCAUCGCGAUGCUCUGGGGCGUCCGGGGAGAGCAUCGCGACGCUCUGGGGCGUCCGGGGAGAGCAUCGCGACGCUCUGGGGCGUCCGGGAGAGCAUCGCGACGCUCUGGGGCGUCCGGGGAGAGCAUCGCGACGCUCUGGGGCGUCCGGGGAGAGCAUCGCGACGCUCUGGGGCGUCCGGGGAGAGCAUCGCGACGCUCUGGGGGCGUCCGGGGAGAGCAUCGCGACGCUCUGGGGCGUCUGGGGAGAGCAUCGCGACGCUCUGGGGCGUCCGGGGGAGCAUCGCGACGCUCUGGGGCGUCCGGGAGAGCAUCGCGACGCUCUGGGGCGUCCGGGGAGAGCAUCGCGACGCUCUGGGGGGUCCGGGGAGAGCAUCGCGACGCUCUGGGGCGUCCGGGGAGAGCAUCGCGAUGCUCUGGGGCGUCCGGGGAGAGCAUCGCGACGCUCUGGGGCGUCCGGGGAGAGCAUCGCGACGCUCUGGGGCGUCCGGGGAGAGCAUCGCGACGCUCUGGGGCGUCCGGGGAGAGCAUCGCGACGCUCUGGGGCGUCCGGGGAGAGCAUCGCGACGCUCUGGGGCGUCCGGGGAGAGCAUCGCGACGCUCUGGGGCGUCCGGGGAGAGCAUCGCGACGCUCUGGGGCGUCCGGGAGAGCAUCGCGACGCUCUGGGGCGUCCGGGAGAGCAUCGCGACGCUCUGGGGCGUCCGGGAGAGCAUCGCGACGCUCUGGGGCGUCCGGGGAGAGCAUCGCGACGCUCUGGGGCGUCCGGGGAGAGCAUCGCGACGCUCUGGGGCGUCCGGGAGAGCAUCGCGACGCUCUGGGGCGUCCGGGGAGAGCAUCGCGACGCUCUGGGGCGUCCGGGGAGAGCAUCGCGAACUCUGGGGGCGUCCGGGGAGAGCAUCGCGACGCUCUGGGGCGUCCGGGGAGAGCAUCGCGACGCUCUGGGGCGUCCGGGGAGAGCAUCGCGACGCUCUGGGGCGUCCGGGGAGAGCAUCGCGACGCUCUGGGGCGUCCGGGGAGAGCAUCGCGACGCUCUGGGGCGUCCGGGAGAGCAUCGCGACGCUCUGGGGCGUCCGGGGAGAGCAUCGCGACGCUCUGGGGCGUCCGGGAGAGCAUCGCGACGCUCUGGGGCGUCCGGGAGAGCAUCGCGACGCUCUGGGGCGUCCGGGGAGCAUCGCGACGCUCUGGGGCGUCCGGGGAGAGCAUCGCGACGCUCUGGGCGUCCGGGGAGAGCAUCGCGACGCUCUGGGGCGUCCGAGGAGAGCAUCGCGACGCUCUGGGGCGUCCGGGAGAGCAUCGCGAUGCUCUGGGGCGGCUGGGGAGAGCAUCGCGACGCUCUGGGGCGUCCGGGGAGAGCAUCGCGACGCUCUGGGGCGUCCGGGGAGAGCAUCGCGACGCUCUGGGGCGUCCGGGGAGAGCAUCGCGACGCUCCGGGGCGUCCGGGGAGAGCAUCGCGACGCUCUGGGGCGUCCGGGGAGAGCAUCGCGACGCUCUGGGGCGUCCGGGGAGAGCAUCGCGACGCUCUGGGGCGUCCGGGGAGAGCAUCGCGACGCUCUGGGGCGUCCGGGGAGAGCAUCGCGACGCUCUGGGGCGUCCGGGGAGAGCAUCGCGACGCUCUGGGGCGUCCGGAGAGAGCAUCGCGACGCUCUGGGGCGUCCGGGGAGAGCAUCGCGACGCUCUUGGGCGUCCGGGGUGAGCAUCGCGACGCUCUGGGGCGUCCGGGGAGAGCAUCGCGACGCUCUGGGGCGUCCGGGGAGAGCAUCGCGACGCUCUGGGGCGUCCGGGGAGAGCAUCGCGACGCUCUGGGGCGUCCGGGGAGAGCAUCGCGACGCUCUGGGGCGUCCGGGGAGAGCAUCGCGACGCUCUGGGCGUCCGGGAGAGCAUCGCGACGCUCUGGGGCGUCCGGGGAGAGCAUCGCGACGCUCUGGGGCGUCCGGGAGAGCAUCGCGACGCUCUGGGGCGUCCGGGGAGAGCAUCGCGACGCUCUGGGGCGUCCGGGGAGAGCAUCGCGACGCUCUGGGGCGUCCGGGGAGCAUCGCGACGCUCUGGGGCGUCCGGGGAGCAUCGCGACGCUCUGGGGCGUCCGGGGAGAGCAUCGCGACGCUCUGGGGCGUCCGGGGAGAGCAUCGCGACGCUCUGGGGCGUCCGGGGAGAGCAUCGCGACGCUCUGGGGCGUCUGGGGAGAGCAUCGCGACGCUCUGGGGCGUCCGGGGAGAGCAUCGCGACGCUCUGGGGCGUCCGGGGAGAGCAUCGCGACGCUCUGGGGCGUCCGGGGAGAGCAUCGCGACGCUCUGGGGCGUCCGGGGAGAGCAUCGCGACGCUCUGGGGCGUCCGGGAGAGCAUCGCGACGCUCUGGGGGCCGGGGAGAGCAUCGCGACGCUCUGGGGCGUCCGGGGAGAGCAUCGCGACGCUCUGGGGCGUCCGGGGAGAGCAUCGCGACGCUCUGGGGCGUCCGGGGAGAGCAUCGCGACGCUCUGGGGCGUCCGGGAGAGCAUCGCGACGCUCUGGGGCGUCCGGGGAGAGCAUCGCGACGCUCUGGGGUGUCCGGGGAGAGCAUCGCGACGCUCUGGGGCGUCCGGGGAGAGCAUCGCGAUGCUCUGGGGCGUCCGGGGAGCAUCGCGACGCUCUGGGGCGUCCGGGGAGAGCAUCGCGACGCUCUGGGGCGUCCGGGAGAGCAUCGCGACGCUCUGGGGCGUCCGAGGAGAGCAUCGCGACGCUCUGGGGCGUCCGGGAGAGCAUCGCGACGCUCCGGGGCGUCCGGGGAGAGCAUCGCGAUGCUCUGGGGCGUCCGGGAGAGCAUCGCGACGCUCUGGGGCGUCCGGGGAGAGCAUCGCGACGCUCUGGGGCGUCCGGGGAGAGCAUCGCGACGCUCGGGGCGUCCGGGAGAGCAUCGCGACGCUCUGGGGCGUCCGGGGGAGCAUCGCGACGCUCUGGGGCGUCCGGGGAGCAUCGCGACGCUCUGGGGCGUCCGGGGAGAAAUCGCGACGCUCUGGGGCGUCCGAGGAGAGCAUCGCGACGCUCUGGGGCGUCCGGGAGAGCAUCGCGACGCUCUGGGGCGUCCGGGUAGAGCAUCGCGACGCUCUGGGGCGUCCGGAGAGCAUCGCGACGCUCUUGGGCGUCCGGGGAGAGCAUCGCGACGCUCUGGGGCGUCCGGGAGAGCAUCGCGACGCUCUGGGGCGUCCGGGGAGAGCAUCGCGACGCUCUGGGGCGUCCGGGGAGAGCAUCGCGACGCUCUGGGGCGUCCGGGAGAGCAUCGCGACGCUCUGGGGCGUCCGGGGAGAGCAUCGCGACGCUCUGGGGCGUCCGGGAGAGCAUCGCGACGCUCUGGGGGCGUCCGGGAGAGCAUCGCGACGCUCUGGGCGUCCGGGGAGAGCAUCGCGACGCUCUGGGGCGUCCGGGGAGAGCAUCGCGACGCUCUGGGGCGUCCGGGGAGAGCAUCGCGACGCUCUGGGGCGUCCGGGGAGAGCAUCGCGACGCUCUGGGGCGUCCGGGAGAGCAUCGCGACGCUCUGGGGCGUCCGGGGAGAGCAUCGCGACGCUCUGGGGCGUCCGGGGAGAGCAUCGCGACGCUCUGGGGCGUCCGGGGAGAGCAUCGCGACGCUCUGGGGCGUCCGGGGAGAGCAUCGCGACGCUCUGGGGCGUCCGGGGAGAGCAUCGCGACGCUCUGGGGGCGUCCGGGAGAGCAUCGCGACGCUCUGGGGCGUCCGGGGAGAGCAUCGCGACGCUCUGGGGCGUCCGGGGAGAGCAUCGCGACGCUCUGGGGCGUCCGGGGAGAGCAUCGCGACGCUCUGGGGCGUCCGGGGAGAGCAUCGCGACGCUCUGGGGCGUCCGGGGAGAGCAUCGCGACGCUCUGGGGCGUCCGGGGAGAGCAUCGCGACGCUCUGGGGCGUCCGGGGAGAGCAUCGCGACGCUCUGGGGCGUCCGGGGAGAGCAUCGCGACGCUCUGGGGCGUCCGGGGAGAGCAUCGCGACGCUCUGGGGCGUCCGGGGAGAGCAUCGCGACGCUCUGGGGCGUCCGGGGAGAGCAUCGCGACGCUCUGGGGCGUCCGGGGAGAGCAUCGCGACGCUCUGGGGCGUCCGGGGAGAGCAUCGCGACGCUCUGGGGCGUCCGGGGAGAGCAUCGCGACGCUCUGGGGCGUCCGGGGAGAGCAUCGCGACGCUCUGGGGCGUCCGGGAGAGCAUCGCGACGCUCUGGGGCGUCCGGGGAGAGCAUCGCGACGCUCUGGGGCGUCCGGGGAGAGCAUCGCGACGCUCUGGGGCGUCCGGGAGAGCAUCGCGACGCUCUGGGGCGUCCGGGAGAGCAUCGCGACGCUCUGGGGCGUCCGGGGAGAGCAUCGCGACGCUCUGGGGCGUCCGGGGAGAGCAUCGCGACGCUCUGGGGCGUCCGGGGAGAGCAUCGCGACGCUCUGGGGCGUCCGGGGAGAGCAUCGCGACGCUCUGGGGCGUCCGGGGAGAGCAUCGCGACGCUCUGGGGCGUCCGGGGAGAGCAUCGCGACGCUCUGGGGCGUCCGGGGAGAGCAUCGCGACGCUCUGGGGCGUCCGGGGAGAGCAUCGCGACGCUCUGGGGCGUGGGGGAGAGCAUCGCGACGCUCUGGGGCGUCCGGGAGAGCAUCAUCACGACGCUCUGGGGCGUCCGGGGAGAGCAUCGCGACGCUCUGGGGCGUCCGGGGAGAGCAUCGCGACGCUCUGGGGCGUCGGGAGAGCAUCGCGACGCUCUGGGGCGUCCGGGGAGAGCAUCGCGACGCUCUGGGGCGUCCGGGGAGAGCAUCGCGACGCUCUGGGGCGUCCGGGAGAGCAUCGCGACGCUCUGGGGCGUCCGGGGAGCAUCGCGACGCUCUGGGGCGUCCGGGAGAGCAUCGCGACGCUCUGGGGCGUCCGGGGAGAGCAUCGCGACGCUCUGGGGCGUCCGGGAGAGCAUCGCGACGCUCUGGGGCGUCCGGGGAGAGCAUCGCGACGCUCUGGGCGUCCGGGGAGAGCAUCGCGACGCUCUGGGGCGUCCGGGAGAGCAUCGCGACGCUCUGGGGCGUCCGGGGAGAGCAUCGCGACGCUCUGGGGCGUCCGGAGAGAGCAUCGCGACGCUCUGGGGCGUCCGGGGAGAGCAUCGCGACGCUCUGGGGCGUCCGGGAGAGCAUCGCGACGCUCUGGGGCGUCCGGGGAGAGCAUCGCGACGCUCUGGGGCGUCCGGGGAGAGCAUCGCGACGCUCUGGGGCGUCCGGGGAGAGCAUCGCGACGCUCUGGGGCGUCCGAGGAGAGCAUCGCGACGCUCUGGGGCGUCCGGGGAGAGCAUCGCGACGCUCUGGGGCGUCCGGGGAGAGCAUCGCGACGCUCUGGGGCGUCCGGGGAGAGCAUCGCGACGCUCUGGGGCGUCCGGGGAGAGCAUCGCGACGCUCUGGGGGCGUCCGGGGAGAGCAUCGCGACGCUCUGGGGCGUCCGGGGAGAGCAUCGCGACGCUCUGGGGCGUCCGAGGAGAGCAUCGCGACGCUCUGGGGCGUCCGGGAGAGCAUCGCGACGCUCUGGGGCGUCCGGGGAGAGCAUCGCGACGCUCUGGGGCGUCCGGGGAGAGCAUCGCGACGCUCUGGGGCGUCCGGGAGAGCAUCGCGACGCUCUGGGGCGUCCGGGGAGAGCAUCGCGACGCUCUGGGGCGUCCGGGGAGAGCAUCGCGACGCUCUGGGGCGUCCGGGAGAGCAUCGCGACGCUCUGGGGCGUCCGGGGAGAGCAUCGCGACGCUCUGGGGCGUCCGGGGAGAGCAUCGCGACGCUCUGGGGCGUCCGGGGAGAGCAUCGCGACGCUCUGGGGCGUCCGGGGAGAGCAUCGCGACGCUCUGGGGCGUCCGGGGAGAGCAUCGCGACGCUCUGGGGCGGGCGUCCGGGGAGAGCAUCGCGACGCUCUGGGGCGUCCGGGGAGAGCAUCGCGACGCUCUGGGGCGUCCGGGGAGAGCAUCGCGACGCUCUGGGGCGUCCGGGAGAGCAUCGCGACGCUCUGGGGCGUCCAGGGAGAGCAUCGCGACGCUCUGGGGCGUCCGGGGAGAGCAUCGCGACGCUCUGGGGCGUCCGGGGAGAGCAUCGCGACGCUCUGGGGCGUCCGGGGAGAGCAUCGCGACGCUCUGGGGCGUCCGGGGAGAGCAUCGCGACGCUCUGGGGCGUCCGGGGAGAGCAUCGCGACGCUCUGGGGCGUCCGGGGAGAGCAUCGCGACGCUCUGGGGCGUCCGGGAGAGCAUCGCGACGCUCUGGGGCGUCCGGGGAGAGCAUCGCGACGCUCUGGGGCGUCCGAGGAGAGCAUCGCGACGCUCUGGGGCGUCCGGGGAGAGCAUCGCGACGCUCUGGGGCGUCCGGCAUCGCGACGCUCUGGGGCGUCCGGGGAGAGCAUCGCGACGCUCUGGGGCGUCCGGGGAGAGCAUCGCGACGCUCUGGGGCGUCCGGAGGAGAGCAUCGCGACGCUCUGGGGCGUCCGGGGAGAGCAUCGCGAUGCUCUGGGGCGUCCGGGGAGAGCAUCGCGACGCUCUGGGGCGUCCGGGGAGAGCAUCGCGACGCUCUUGGGCGUCCGGGGAGAGCAUCGCGACGCUCUGGGGCGUCCGGGGAGAGCAUCGCGAUGCUCUGGGGCGUCCGGGGAGAGCAUCGCGACGCUCUGGGCGUCCGGGGAGAGCAUCGCGACGCUCUGGGGCGUCCGGGGAGAGCAUCGCGACGCUCUGGGGCGUCCGGGGAGAGCAUCGCGACGCUCUGGGGCGUCCGGGGAGAGCAUCGCGACGCUCUGGGGCGUCCGGGGAGAGCAUCGCGACGCUCUGGGGCGUCCGGGAGAGCAUCGCGACGCUCUGGGGCGUCCGGGAGAGCAUCGCGACGCUCUGGGGCGUCCGGGGAGAGCAUCGCGACGCUCUGGGGCGUCCGGGGAGAGCAUCGCGACGCUCUGGGGCGUCCGGGGAGAGCAUCGCGACGCUCUGGGGCGUCCGGGAGAGCAUCGCGACGCUCUGGGGCGUCCGGGGAGAGCAUCGCGACGCUCUGGGGCGUCCGGGGAGAGCAUCGCGACGCUCUGGGGCGUCCGGGAGAGCAUCGCGACGCUCUGGGGCGUCCGGGGAGAGCAUCGCGACGCUCUGGGCGUCCGGGGAGAGCAUCGCGACGCUCUGGGGCGUCCGGGGAGCAUCGCGACGCUCUGGGGCGUCCGGGGAGAGCAUCGCGACGCUCUGGGGCGUCCGGGGAGAGCAUCGCGACGCUCUGGGGCGUCCGGGGAGAGCAUCGCGACGCUCUGGGGCGUCCGGGGAGAGCAUCGCGACGCUCUGGGGCGUCCGGGGAGAGCAUCGCGACGCUCUGGGGCGUCCAGGGAGAGCAUCGCGACCUCUGGGGCGUCCGGGGGAGAGCAUCGCGACGCUCUGGGGCGUCCGGGGAGAGCAUCGCGACGCUCUGGGCGUCCGGGGAGAGCAUCGCGACGCUCCUGGGGCGUCCGGGGAGAGCAUCGCGACGCUCUGGGGGUCCGGGGAGAGCAUCGCGACGCUCUGGGGCGUCCGGGAGAGCAUCGCGACGCUCUGGGGCGUCCCGGUGGAGAGGGGGGGGGAGAGCAUCGCGACGCUCUGGGGCGUCCGGGGAGAGCAUCGCGACGCUCUGGGGCGUCCGGGAGAGCAUCGCGACGCUCUGGGGGCGUCCGGGGAGAGCAUCGCGACGCUCUGGGGCGUCCGGGGAGAGCAUCGCGACGCUCUGGGGCGUCCGGGGAGAGCAUCGCGACGCUCUGGGGCGUCCGGGGAGAGCAUCGCGACGCUCUGGGGCGUCCGGGGAGAGCAUCGCGACGCUCUGGGGCGUCCGGGAGAGCAUCGCGACGCUCUGGGGCGUCCGGGGAGAGCAUCGCGACGCUCUGGGGCGUCCGGGGAGAGCAUCGCGACGCUCUGGGGCGUCCGGGGAGAGCAUCGCGACGCUCUGGGGCGUCCGGGGAGAGCAUCGCGACGCUCUGGGGCGUCCGGGGAGAGCAUCGCGACGCUCUGGGGCGUCCGGGGAGAGCAUCGCGACGCUCUGGGGCGUCCGGGGAGAGCAUCGCGACGCUCUGGGGCGUCCGGGGAGAGCAUCGCGACGCUCUGGGCGUCCGGGGAGAGCAUCGCGACGCUCUGGGGCGUCCGGAGAGAGCAUCGCGACGCUCUGGGGCGUCCGGGGAGAGCAUCGCGACGCUCUGGGGCGUCCGGAGAGCAUCGCGACGCUCUGGGGCGUCCGGGGAGAGCAUCGCGACGCUCUGGGGCGUCCGGGGAGAGCAUCGCGACGCUCUGGGGGCGUCCGGGAGAGCAUCGCGACGCUCUGGGGCGUCCGGGAGAGCAUCGCGACGCUCUGGGGCGUCCGGGAGAGCAUCGCGACGCUCUGGGGCGUCCGGGGAGAGCAUCGCGACGCUCUGGGGCGUCCGGGGAGCAUCGCGACGCUCUGGGGCGUCCGGGGAGAGCAUCGCGACGCUCUGGGGCGUCCGGGGAGAGCAUCGCGACGCUCUGGGGGCGUCCGGGAGAGCAUCGCGACGCUCUGGGGCGUCCGGGGAGAGCAUCGCGACGCUCUGGGGCGUCCGGGGAGAGCAUCGCGACGCUCUGGGGCGUCCGGGGAGAGCAUCGCGACGCUCUGGGGCGUCCGGGAGAGCAUCGCGACGCUCUGGGGCGUCCGGGAGAGCAUCGCGACGCUCUGGGGCGUCCGGGGAGAGCAUCGCGACGCUCUGGGGCGUCCGGGGAGAGCAUCGCGACGCUCUGGGGCGUCCGGGGAGAGCAUCGCGGGGGGGGGGGGGAGACGCUCUGGGGCGUCCGGGGAGAGCAUCGCGACGCUCUGGGGCGUCCGGGGAGAGCAUCGCGACGCUCUGGGGCGUCCGGGGAGAGCAUCGCGACGCUCUGGGGCGUCCGGGGAGAGCAUCGCGACGCUCUGGGGCGUCCGGGGAGAGCAUCGCGACGCUCUGGGGCGUCCGGGGAGAGCAUCGCGACGCUCUGGGGCGUCCGGGGAGAGCAUCGCGACGCUCUGGGGCGUCCGGGAGAGCAUCGCGACGCUCUGGGGCGUCCGGGGAGAGCAUCGCGACGCUCUGGGGGCGUCCGGGGAGAGCAUCGCGACGCUCUGGGGCGUCCGGGGAGAGCAUCGCGACGCUCUGGGGCGUCCGGGGAGAGCAUCGCGACGCUCUGGGGCGUCGGGGAGAGCAUCGCGACGCUCUGGGGCGUCCGGGAGAGCAUCGCGACGCUCUGGGGCGUCCGGGAGAGCAUCGCGACGCUCUGGGGCGUCCGGGGAGAGCAUCGCGACGCUCUGGGGCGUCCGGGGAGAGCAUCGCGACGCUCUGGGGCGUCCGGGGAGAGCAUCGCGACGCUCUGGGGCGUCCGGGGAGAGCAUCGCGACGCUCUGGGGCGUCCGGGGGAGAGCAUCGCGACGCUCUGGGGCGUCCGGGAGAGCAUCGCGACGCUCUGGGGCGUCCGGGGAGAGCAUCGCGACGCUCUGGGCGUCCGGGAGAGCAUCGCGACGCUCUGGGGCGUCCGGGGAGAGCAUCGCGACGCUCUGGGGCGUCCGGGGAGAGCAUCGCGACGCUCUGGGGCGUCCGGGGAGAGCAUCGCGACGCUCUGGGGCGUCCGGGGAGAGCAUCGCGACGCUCUGGGGCGUCCGGGAGAGCAUCGCGACGCUCUGGGCGUCCGGGGAGAGCAUCGCGACGCUCUGGGGCGUCCGGGGGAGCAUCGCGACGCUCUGGGGCGUCCGGGAGAGCAUCGCGACGCUCUGGGGCGUCCGGGGAGAGCAUCGCGACGCUCUGGGGCGUCCGGGAGAGCAUCGCGACGCUCUGGGGCGUCCGGGAGAGCAUCGCGACGCUCUGGGGCGUCCGGGAGAGCAUCGCGACGCUCUGGGGCGUCCGGGGAGAGCAUCGCGACGCUCUGGGGCGUCCGGGAGAGCAUCGCGACGCUCUGGGGCGUCCGGGAGAGCAUCGCGACGCUCUGGGGCGUCCGGGGAGAGCAGCGACGCUCUGGGGCGUCCGGGGAGAGCAUCGCGACGCUCUGGGGCGUCCGGGAGAGCAUCGCGACGCUCUGGGGCGUCCGGGGAGAGCAUCGCGACGCUCUGGGGCGUCCGGGAGAGCAUCGCGACGCUCUGGGGCGUCCGGGGAGAGCAUCGCGACGCUCUGGGGCGUCCGGGAGAGCAUCGCGACGCUCUGGGGCGUCCGGGGAGAGCAUCGCGACGCUCUGGGGCGUCCGGGGAGAGCAUCGCGACGCUCUGGGGCGUCCGGGGAGAGCAUCGCGACGCUCUGGGGCGUCCGGGGAGAGCAUCGCGACGCUCUGGGGCGUCCGGGGAGAGCAUCGCGACGCUCUGGGGCGUCCGGGGAGAGCAUCGCGACGCUCUGGGCGUCCGGGGAGAGCAUCGCGACGCUCUGGGGCGUCCGGGGAGAGCAUCGCGACGCUCUGGGGGCGUCCGGGGAGAGCAUCGCGACGCUCUGGGGCGUCCGGGGAGAGCAUCGCGACGCUCUGGGGCGUCCGGGAGAGCAUCGCGACGCUCUGGGGCGUCCGGGGAGAGCAUCGCGACGCUCUGGGGCGUCCGGGGAGAGCAUCGCGACGCUCUGGGGCGUCCGGGAGAGCAUCGCGACGCUCUGGGGCGUCGGGGAGAGCAUCGCGACGCUCUGGGGCGUCCGGGGGAGCAUCGCGACGCUCUGGGGCGUCCGGGGAGAGCAUCGCGACGCUCUGGGGCGUCCGGGGAGAGCAUCGCGACGCUCUUGGGCGUCCGGGAGAGCAUCGCGACGCUCUGGGGCGUCCGGGGAGAGCAUCGCGACGCUCUGGGGCGUCCGGAGAGAGCAUCGCGACGCUCUGGGGCGUCCGGGAGAGCAUCGCGACGCUCUGGGGCGUCCGGGGAGAGCAUCGCGACGCUCUGGGGCGUCCGGGGAGAGCAUCGCGACGCUCUGGGGCGUCGGGGAGAGCAUCGCGACGCUCUGGGGCGUCCGGGAGAGCAUCGCGACGCUCUGGGGCGUCCGGGAGAGCAUCGCGACGCUCUGGGGCGUCCGGGGAGAGCAUCGCGACGCUCUGGGGGCGUCCGGGAGAGCAUCGCGACGCUCUGGGGCGGCCGGGGAGGGAGAGCAUCGCGACGCUCUGGGGCGUCCGGGAGAGCAUCGCGACGCUCUGGGGCGUCCGGGGAGAGCAUCGCGACGCUCUGGGGCGUCCGGGGAGAGCAUCGCGACGCUCUGGGGCGUCCGGGGAGAGCAUCGCGACGCUCUGGGGCGUCCGGGAGAGCAUCGCGACGCUCUGGGGCGUCCGGGGAGAGCAUCGCGACGCUCUGGGGCGUCCGGGGAGAGCAUCGCGACGCUCUGGGGCGUCCGGGGAGAGCAUCGCGACGCUCUGGGGCGUCCGGGGAGCAUCGCGACGCUCUGGGGCGUCCGGGAGAGCAUCGCGACGCUCUGGGGCGUCCGGGAGAGCAUCGCGACGCUCUGGGGCGUCCGGGGAGAGCAUCGCGACGCUCUGGGGCGUCCGGGGAGAGCAUCGCGACGCUCUGGGGCGUCCGGGGAGAGCAUCGCGACGCUCUGGGGCGUCCGGGAGAGCAUCGCGACGCUCUGGGGCGUCCGGGGAGAGCAUCGCGACGCUCUGGGGCGUCCGGGGAGAGCAUCGCGACGCUCUGGGGCGUCCGGGGAGAGCAUCGCGACGCUCUGGGGCGUCCGGGGAGAGCAUCGCGACGCUCUGGGGCGUCCGGGGAGAGCAUCGCGACGCUCUGGGGCGUCCGGGGAGAGCAUCGCGACGCUCUGGGGCGUCCGGGGAGAGCAUCGCGACGCUCUGGGGCGUCCGGGAGAGCAUCGCGACGCUCUGGGGCGUCCGGGGAGAGCAUCGCGACGCUCUGGGGCGUCCGGGGAGAGCAUCGCGACGCUCUGGGGCGUCCGGGGAGAGCAUCGCGACGCUCUGGGGCGUCCGGGGAGAGCAUCGCGACGCUCUGGGGCGUCCGGGGAGAGCAUCGCGACGCUCUGGGGCGUCCGGGGAGAGAUCGCGACGCUCUGGGGCGUCCGGGGAGAGCAUCGCGACGCUCUGGGGCGUCCGGGAGAGCAUCGCGACGCUCUGGGGCGUCCGAGGAGAGCAUCGCGACGCUCUGGGGCGUCCGGGAGAGCAUCGCGACGCUCUGGGCGUCCGGGGAGAGCAUCGCGACGCUCUGGGGCGUCCGGGGAGAGCAUCGCGACGCUCUGGGGCGUCCAGGGAGAGCAUCGCGACGCUCUGGGGCGUCCGGGGAGAGCAUCGCGACGCUCUGGGGCGUCCGGGGAGAGCAUCGCGACGCUCUGGGGCGUCCGGGGAGAGCAUCGCGACGCUCUGGGGCGUCCGGGGAGAGCAUCGCGACGCUCUGGGGCGUCCGGGAGAGCAUCGCGACGCUCUGGGGCGUCCGGGGAGAGCAUCGCGACGCUCUGGGGCGUCCGGGGAGAGCAUCGCGACGCUCUGGGGCGUCCGGGGAGAGCAUCGCGACGCUCUGGGGCGUCCGGGGAGAGCAUCGCGACGCUCUGGGGCGUCCGGGAGAGCAUCGCGACGCUCUGGGGCGUCGGGGAGAGCAUCGCGACGCUCUGGGGCGUCCGGGAGAGCAUCGCGACGCUCUGGGGCGUCCGGGGAGAGCAUCGCGACGCUCUGGGGCGUCCGGGAAGAGCAUCGCGACGCUCUGGGGCGUCCGGGGAGAGCAUCGCGACGCUCUGGGGCGUCCGGGGAGAGCAUCGCGACGCUCUGGGGCGUCCGGGGAGAGCAUCGCGACGCUCUGGGGCGUCCGGGAGAGCAUCGCGACGCUCUGGGGCGUCCGGGAGAGCAUCGCGACGCUCUGGGGCGUCCGGGGAGAGCAUCGCGACGCUCUGGGGCGUCCGGGGAGAGCAUCGCGACGCUCUGGGGCGUCCGGGGAGAGCAUCGCGACGCUCUGGGGCGUCCGGGGAGAGCAUCGCGACGCUCUGGGGCGUCCGGGAGAGCAUCGCGACGCUCUGGGGCGUCUGGGGAGAGCAUCGCGACGCUCUGGGGCGUCCGGGGAGAGCAUCGCGACGCUCUGGGGCGUCCGGGGAGAGCAUCGCGACGCUCUGGGGCGUCCGGGAGAGCAUCGCGACGCUCUGGGGCGUCCGGGGAGAGCAUCGCGACGCUCUGGGGCGUCCGGGGAGAGCAUCGCGACGCUCUGGGGCGUCCGGGGAGAGCAUCGCGACGCUCUGGGGGCGUCCGGGGAGAGCAUCGCGACGCUCUGGGGCGUCCGGGGAGAGCAUCGCGACGCUCUGGGGCGUCCGGGAGAGCAUCGCGACGCUCUGGGGCGUCCGGGGAGAGCAUCGCGACGCUCUGGGGCGUCCGGGAAGAGCAUCGCGACGCUCUGGGGCGUCCGGGGAGAGCAUCGCGACGCUCUGGGGCGUCCGGGGAGAGCAUCGCGACGCUCUGGGGCGUCCGGGAGAGCAUCGCGACGCUCUGGGGCGUCCGGGGAGAGCAUCGCGACGCUCUGGGGCGUCCGGGGAGAGCAUCGCGACGCUCUGGGGCGUCCGGGGAGAGCAUCGCGACGCUCUGGGGCGUCCGGGGAGAGCAUCGCGACGCUCUGGGGCGUCCGGGGAGAGCAUCGCGACGCUCUGGGGCGUCCGGGAGAGCAUCGCGACGCUCUGGGGCGUCCGGGGAGAGCAUCGCGACGCUCUGGGGCGUCCGGGGAGAGCAUCGCGACGCUCUGGGGCGUCCGGGGAGAGCAUCGCGACGCUCUGGGGCGUCCGGGGAGAGCAUCGCGACGCUCUGGGGCGUCCGGGAGAGCAUCGCGACGCUCUGGGGCGUCCGGGGAGAGCAUCGCGACGCUCUGGGCGUCGGGGAGAGCAUCGCGACGCUCUGGGGCGUCCUGGGAGAGCAUCGCGACGCUCUGGGGCGGAGAGCAUCGCGACGCUCUGGGGCGUCCGGGGAGAGCAUCGCGACGCUCUGGGGCGUCCGGGGAGAGCAUCGCGACGCUCUGGGGCGUCCGGGGAGAGCAUCGACGCUCUGGGGCGUCCGGGAGAGCAUCGCGACGCUCUGGGGCGUCCGGGGAGAGCAUCGCGACGCUCUGGGGCGUCCGGGAGAGCAUCGCGACGCUCUGGGGCGUCCGGGGAGAGCAUCGCGACGCUCUGGGGCGUCCGGGGAGAGCAUCGCGACGCUCUGGGGCGUCCGGGGAGAGCAUCGCGACGCUCUGGGGCGUCCGGGAAGAGCAUCGCGACGCUCUGGGGCGUCCGGGGAGAGCAUCGCGACGCUCUGGGGCGUCCUGGGAGAGCAUCGCGACGCUCUGGGGCGUCCGGGGAGAGCAUCGCGACGCUCUGGGGCGUCCGGGAGAGCAUCGCGACGCUCUGGGCGUCCGGGGAGAGCAUCGCGACGCUCUGGGGCGUCCGGGGAGAGCAUCGCGACGCUCUGGGGCGUCCGGGGAGAGCAUCGCGACGCUCUGGGGCGUCCGGGGAGAGCAUCGCGACGCUCUGGGGCGUCCGGGGAGAGCAUCGCGACGCUCUGGGGCGUCCGGGGAGAGCAUCGCGACGCUCUGGCGUCCGGGGAGAGCAUCGCGACGCUCUGGGGCGUCCGGGGAGAGCAUCGCGACGCUCUGGGGCGUCCGGGGAGAGCAUCGCGACGCUCUGGGGCGUCCGGGGAGAGCAUCGCGACGCUCUGGGGCGUCCGGGGAGAGCAUCGCGACGCUCUGGGGCGCCGGGGAGAGCAUCGCGACGCUCUGGGGCGUCCGGGGAGAGCAUCGCGACGCUCUGGGGCGUCCGGGGAGAGCAUCGCGACGCUCUGGGGCGUCCGGGAGAGCAUCGCGACGCUCUGGGGCGUCCGGGGAGAGCAUCGCGACGCUCUGGGCGUCCGGGAGAGCAUCGCGACGCUCUGGGGCGUCCGGGAGAGCAUCGCGACGCUCUGGGGCGUCCGGGGAGAGCAUCGCGACGCUCUGGGGCGUCCGGGAGAGCAUCGCGACGCUCUGGGGCGUCCGGGGAGAGCAUCGCGACGCUCUGGGGCGUCCGGGAAGAGCAUCGCGACGCUGGGGCGUCGGGGAGAGCAUCGCGACGCUCUGGGGCGUCCGGGGAGAGCAUCGCGACGCUCUGGGGCGUCCGGGGAGAGCAUCGCGACGCUCUGGGGCGUCCGGGAGAGCAUCGCGACGCUCUGGGGCGUCCGGGGAGAGCAUCGCGACGCUCUGGGGCGUCCGGGGAGAGCAUCGCGACGCUCUGGGGCGUCCGGGGAGAGCAUCGCGACGCUCUGGGGCGUCCGGGGAGAGCAUCGCGACGCUCUGGGGCGUCCGGGGAGAGCAUCGCGACGCUCUGGGGCGUCCGGGGAGAGCAUCGCGACGCUCUGGGGCGUCCGGGAGAGCAUCGCGGGGGGGGGGGGGUCGACGCUCUGGGGCGUCCGGGGAGAGCAUCGCGACGCUCUGGGGUCCGGGGAGAGCAUCGCGACGCUCUGGGCGUCCGGGAGAGCAUCGCGACGCUCUGGGGCGUCCGGGAGAGCAUCGCGACGCUCUGGGGCGUCCGGGGAGAGCAUCGCGACGCUCUGGGGCGGCCGGGGAGAGCAUCGCGACGCUCUGGGGCGUCCGGGGAGAGCAUCGCGACGCUCUGGGGCGUCCGGGAGAGCAUCGCGACGCUCUGGGGCGUCCGGGAGAGCAUCGCGACGCUCUGGGGCGUCCGGGGAGAGCAUCGCGACGCUCUGGGGCGUCCGGGGAGAGCAUCGCGACGCUCUGGGGCGUCCGGGAGAGCAUCGCGACGCUCUGGGGCGUCCGGGGAGAGCAUCGCGACGCUCUGGGGCGUCCGGGAGAGCAUCGCGACGCUCUGGGGCGUCCGGGGAGAGCAUCGCGACGCUCUGGGGCGUCCGGGAGAGCAUCGCGACGCUCUGGGGCGUCCGGGGAGAGCAUCGCGACGCUCUGGGGCGUCCGGGGAGAGCAUCGCGACGCUCUGGGGCGUCCGGGGAGAGCAUCGCGACGCUCUGGGGCGUCCGGGGAGAGCAUCGCGACGCUCUGGGGCGUCCGGGGAGAGCAUCGCGACGCUCUGGGGCGUCCGGGGAGAGCAUCGCGACGCUCUGGGGCGUCCGGGGAGAGCAUCGCGACGCUCUGGGGCGUCCGGGGAGAGCAUCGCGACGCUCUGGGGCGUCCGGGGAGAGCAUCGCGACGCUCUGGGGCGUCCGGGGAGAGCAUCGCGACGCUCUGGGGCGUCCGGGGAGAGCAUCGCGACGCUCUGGGGCGUCCGGGGAGAGCAUCGCGACGCUCUGGGGCGUCCGGGGAGAGCAUCGCGACGCUCUGGGGCGUCCGGGGAGAGCAUCGCGACGCUCUGGGGCGUCCGGGAGAGAGCAUCGCGACGCUCUGGGGCGUCCGGGGAGAGCAUCGCGACGCUCUGGGGCGUCCGGGGAGAGCAUCGCGACGCUCUGGGGCGUCCGGGAGAGCAUCGCGACGCUCUGGGGCGUCCGGGGAGAGCAUCGCGACGCUCUGGGGCGUCCGGGGAGAGCAUCGCGACGCUCUGGGGCGUCCGGGGAGAGCAUCGCGACGCUCUGGGGCGUCCGGGGAGAGCAUCGCGACGCUCUGGGGCGUCCGGGGAGAGCAUCGCGACGCUCUGGGGCGUCCGGGGAGAGCAUCGCGACGCUCUGGGGCGUCCGGGGAGAGCAUCGCGACGCUCUGGGGCGUCCGGGGAGAGCAUCGCGACGCUCUGGGCGUCCGGGGAGAGCAUCGCGACGCUCUGGGGCGUCCGGGAGAGCAUCGCGACGCUCUGGGGCGUCCGGGGAGAGCAUCGCGACGCUCUGGGGCGUCCUGGGAGAGCAUCGCGACGCUCUGGGGCGUCCGGGGAGAGCAUCGCGACGCUCUGGGGCGUCCGGGGAGAGCAUCGCGACGCUCUGGGGCGUCCGGGAGAGCAUCGCGACGCUCUGGGGCGUCCGGGGAGAGCAUCGCGACGCUCUGGGGCGUCCGGGGAGAGCAUCGCGACGCUCUGGGGCGUCCGGGGAGAGCAUCGCGACGCUCUGGGGCGUCCGGGAGAGCAUCGCGACGCUCUGGGGCGUCCGGGGAGAGCAUCGCGACGCUCUGGGCGUCCGGGGAGAGCAUCGCGACGCUCUGGGGCGUCCGGGGAGAGCAUCGCGACGCUCUGGGGCGUCCGGGAGAGCAUCGCGACGCUCUGGGGCGUCCGGGGAGAGCAUCGCGACGCUCUGGGGCGUCCGGGGAGAGCAUCGCGACGCUCUGGGGCGUCCGGGGAGAGCAUCGCGACGCUCUGGGGCGUCCGGGGAGAGCAUCGCGACGCUCUGGGGCGUCCGGGAGAGCAUCGCGACGCUCUGGGGCGUCCGGGGAGAGCAUCGCGACGCUCUGGGGCGUCGGGGAGAGCAUCGCGACGCUCUGGGGCGUCCGGGGAGAGCAUCGCGACGCUCUGGGGCGUCCGGGGAGAGCAUCGCGACGCUCUGGGGCGUCCGGGGAGAGCAUCGCGACGCUCUGGGGCGUCCGGGGAGAGCAUCGCGACGCUCUGGGGCGUCCGGGGAGAGCAUCGCGACGCUCUGGGGCGUCCGGGAGAGCAUCGCGACGCUCUGGGGCGUCCGGGGAGAGCAUCGCGACGCUCUGGGGCGUCCGGGAGAGCAUCGCGACGCUCUGGGGCGUCCGGGGAGAGCAUCGCGACGCUCUGGGGCGUCCGGGGAGAGCAUCGCGACGCUCUGGGGCGUCCGGGAGAGCAUCGCGACGCUCUGGGGCGUCCGGGGAGAGCAUCGCGACGCUCUGGGGCGUCCGGGGAGAGCAUCGCGACGCUCUGGGGCGUCCGGGGAGAGCAUCGCGACGCUCUGGGGCGUCCGGGGAGAGCAUCGCGACGCUCUGGGGCGUCCGGGGAGAGCAUCGCGACGCUCUGGGGCGUCCGGGGAGAGCAUCGCGACGCUCUGGGGCGUCCGGGGAGAGCAUCGCGACGCUCUGGGGCGUCCGGGGAGAGCAUCGCGACGCUCUGGGGCGUCCGGGGAGAGCAUCGCGACGCUCUGGGGCGUCCGGGAGAGCAUCGCGACGCUCUGGGGCGUCCAGGGAGAGCAUCGCGACGCUCUGGGGCGUCCGGGGAGAGCAUCGCGACGCUCUGGGGCGUCCGGGGAGAGCAUCGCGACGCUCUGGGGCGUCCGGGAGAGCAUCGCGACGCUCUGGGGCGUCCGGGAGAGCAUCGCGACGCUCUGGGGCGUCCGGGGAGAGCAUCGCGACGCUCUGGGGCGUCCGGGGAGAGCAUCGCGACGCUCUGGGGCGUCCGGGGAGAGCAUCGCGACGCUCUGGGGCGUCCGGGGAGAGCAUCGCGACGCUCUGGGGCGUCCGGGGAGAGCAUCGCGACGCUCUGGGGCGUCCGGGGAGAGCAUCGCGACGCUCUGGGGCGUCCGGGGAGAGCAUCGCGACGCUCUGGGGCGUCCGGGAGAGCAUCGCGACGCUCUGGGGCGUCCGGGGAGAGCAUCGCGACGCUCUGGGGCGUCCGGGGAGAGCAUCGCGACGCUCUGGGGCGGCCGGGGAGAGCAUCGCGACGCUCUCGGGGGUCCGGGGAGAGCAUCGCGACGCUCUGGGGCGUCCGGGGAGAGCAUCGCGACGCUCUGGGGCGUCCGGGGAGAGCAUCGCGAUGCUCUGGCUGGGGCGUCCGGGAGAGCAUCGCGACGCUCUGGGGCGUCCGGGGAGAGCAUCGCGACGCUCUGGGGCGUCCGGGGAGAGCAUCGCGACGCUCUGGGGCGUCCGGGGAGAGCAUCGCGACGCUCUGGGGCGUCCGGGGAGAGCAUCGCGACGCUCUGGGGCGUCCGGGGAGAGCAUCGCGACGCUCUGGGGCGUCCGGGGAGAGCAUCGCGACGCUCUGGGGCGUCCGGGGAGAGCAUCGCGACGCUCUGGGCGGCUCGGGAGAGCAUCGCGACGCUCUGGGGCGUCCGGGGAGAGCAUCGCGACGCUCUGGGGCGUCCGGGGAGAGCAUCGCGACGCUCUGGGGCGUCCGGGGAGAGCAUCGCGACGCUCUGGGGCGUCCGGGGAGAGCAUCGCGACGCUCUGGGGCGUCCGGGGAGAGCAUCGCGACGCUCUGGGGCGUCCGGGGAGAGCAUCGCGACGCUCUGGGGCGUCCGGGGAGAGCAUCGCGACGCUCUGGGGCGUCCGGGGAGAGCAUCGCGACGCUCUGGGGCGUCCGGGGAGAGCAUCGCGACGCUCUGGGGCGUCCGGGGAGAGCAUCGCGACGCUCUGGGGCGUCCGGGGAGAGCAUCGCGACGCUCUGGGGCGUCCGGGGAGAGCAUCGCGACGCUCUGGGGCGUCCGGGGAGAGCAUCGCGACGCUCUGGGGCGUCCGGGGAGAGCAUCGCGACGCUCUGGGGCGUCCGGGGAGAGCAUCGCGACGCUCUGGGGCGUCCGGGGAGAGCAUCGCGACGCUCUGGGGCGUCCGGGAGAGCAUCGCGACGCUCUGGGGCGUCCGGGGAGAGCAUCGCGACGCUCUGGGGCGUCCGGGGAGAGCAUCGCGACGCUCUGGGGCGUCCGGGAGAGCAUCGCGACGCUCUGGGGCGUCCGGGAGAGCAUCGCGACGCUCUGGGGCGUCCGGGGAGAGCAUCGCGACGCUCUGGGGCGUCCGGGAAGAGCAUCGCGACGCUCUGGGGCGUCCGGGAGAGCAUCGCGACGCUCUGGGGCGUCCGGGGAGAGCAUCGCGACGCUCUGGGGCGUCCGGGGAGAGCAUCGCGACGCUCUGGGGCGUCCGGGGAGAGCAUCGCGACGCUCUGGGGCGUCCGGGAGAGCAUCGCGACGCUCUGGGGCGUCCGGGGAGAGCAUCGCGACGCUCUGGGGCGUCCGGGGAGAGCAUCGCGACGCUCUGGGGCGUCCGGGGAGAGCAUCGCGACGCUCUGGGGCGUCCGGGGAGAGCAUCGCGACGCUCUGGGGCGUCCGGGAGAGCAUCGCGACGCUCUGGGGCGUCCGGGGAGAGCAUCGCGACGCUCUGGGGCGUUGGGGAGAGCAUCGCGACGCUCUGGGGCGUCCGGGGAGAGCAUCGCGACGCUCUGGGGCGUCCGGGAGAGCAUCGCGACGCUCUGGGGCGUCCGGGGAGAGCAUCGCGACGCUCUGGGGCGUCCGGGGAGAGCAUCGCGACGCUCUGGGGCGUCCGGGGAGAGCAUCGCGACGCUCUGGGGCGUCCGGGGAGAGCAUCGCGACGCUCUGGGGCGUCCGGGGAGAGCAUCGCGACGCUCUGGGGCGUCCGGGGAGAGCAUCGCGACGCUCUGGGCGUCCGGGGAGAGCAUCGCGACGCUCUGGGGCGUCCGGGAGAGCAUCGCGACGCUCUGGGGCGUCCGGGGAGAGCAUCGCGACGCUCUGGGGCGUCCGGGAGAGCAUCGCGACGCUCUGGGGCGUCCGGGGAGAGCAUCGCGACGCUCUGGGGCGUCCGGGGAGAGCAUCGCGACGCUCUGGGGCGUCCGGGAGAGCAUCGCGACGCUCUGGGGCGUCCGGGGAGAGCAUCGCGACGCUCUGGGGCGUCCGGGGAGAGCAUCGCGACGGGGGGGGAAGGGGAGGCGACGCUCUGGGGCGUCCGGGGAGAGCAUCGCGACGCUCUGGGGCGUCCGGGGAGAGCAUCGCGACGCUCUGGGGCGUCGGGGAGAGCAUCGCGACGCUCUGGGGCGUCCGGGGAGAGCAUCGCGACGCUCUGGGGCGUCCGGGGAGAGCAUCGCGACGCUCUGGGGCGUCCGGGGAGAGCAUCGCGACGCUCUGGGGCGUCCGGGGAGAGCAUCGCGACGCUCUGGGGCGUCCGGGGAGAGCAUCGCGACGCUCUGGGGCGUCCGGGGAGAGCAUCGCGACGCUCUGGGGCGGCCGGGGAGAGCAUCGCGACGCUCUGGGGCGUCCGGGGAGAGCAUCGCGACGCUCUGGGGCGUCCGGGGAGAGCAUCGCGACGCUCUGGGGCGUCCGGGGAGAGCAUCGCGACGCUCUGGGGCGUCCGGGGAGAGCAUCGCGACGCUCUGGGGCGUCCGGGGAGAGCAUCGCGACGCUCUGGGGCGUCCGGGGAGAGCAUCGCGACGCUCUGGGGCGUCCGGGGAGAGCAUCGCGACGCUCUGGGGCGUCCGGGGAGAGCAUCGCGACGCUCUGGGGCGUCCGGGAGAGCAUCGCGACGCUCUGGGGCGUCCGGGGAGAGCAUCGCGACGCUCUGGGGCGUCCGGGAGAGCAUCGCGACGCUCUGGGCGUCCGGGGAGAGCAUCGCGACGCUCUGGGGCGUCCGGGGAGAGCAUCGCGACGCUCUGGGGCGUCCGGGGAGAGCAUCGCGACGCUCUGGGGCGUCCGGGAGAGCAUCGCGACGCUCUGGGGCGUCCGGGAGAGCAUCGCGACGCUCUGGGGCGUCCGGGGAGAGCAUCGCGACGCUCUGGGGCGUCCGGGGAGAGCAUCGCGACGCUCUGGGGCGUCCGGGGAGAGCAUCGCGACGCUCUGGGGCGUCCGGGGAGAGCAUCGCGACGCUCUGGGGCGUCCGGGGAGAGCAUCGCGACGCUCUGGGGCGUCCGGGGAGAGCAUCGCGACGCUCUGGGGCGUCCGGGGAGAGCAUCGCGACGCUCUGGGGCGUCCGGGGAGAGCAUCGCGACGCUCUGGGGCGUCCGGGGAGAGCAUCGCGACGCUCUGGGGCGUCCGGGGAGAGCAUCGCGACGCUCUGGGGCGUCCGGGGAGAGCAUCGCGACGCUCUGGGGCGUCCGGGAAGAGCAUCGCGACGCUCUGGGGCGUCCGGGGAGAGCAUCGCGACGCUCUGGGGCGUCCGGGGAGAGCAUCGCGACGCUCUGGGCGUCCGGGGAGAGCAUCGCGACGCUCUGGGGCGUCCGGGGAGAGCAUCGCGACGCUCUGGGGCGUCCGGGGAGAGCAUCGCGACGCUCUGGGGCGUCCGGGGAGAGCAUCGCGACGCUCUGGGGCGUCCGGGGAGAGCAUCGCGACGCUCUGGGGCGUCCGGGAGAGCAUCGCGACGCUCUGGGGCGUCCGGGGAGAGCAUCGCGACGCUCUGGGGCGUCCGGGGAGAGCAUCGCGACGCUCUGGGGCGUCCGGGGAGAGCAUCGCGACGCUCUGGGGCGUCCGGGGAGAGCAUCGCGACGCUCUGGGGCGUCCGGGAGAGCAUCGCGACGCUCUGGGGCGUCCGGGGAGAGCAUCGCGACGCUCUGGGGCGUCCGGGGAGAGCAUCGCGACGCUCUGGGGCGUCCGGGGAGAGCAUCGCGACGCUCUGGGGGUCCGGGGAGAGCAUCGCGACGCUCUGGGGCGUCCGGGAGAGCAUCGCGACGCUCUGGGGCGUCCGGGGAGAGCAUCGCGACGCUCUGGGGCGUCCGGGGAGAGCAUCGCGACGCUCUGGGGCGUCCGGGGAGAGCAUCGCGACGCUCUGGGGCGUCCGGGGAGAGCAUCGCGACGCUCUGGGGCGUCCGGGGAGAGCAUCGCGACGCUCUGGGGCGUCCGGGGAGAGCAUCGCGACGCUCUGGGCGUCCGGGAGAGCAUCGCGACGCUCUGGGGCGUCCGGGAGAGCAUCGCGACGCUCUGGGGCGUCCGGGGAGAGCAUCGCGACGCUCUGGGGCGUCCGGGGAGAGCAUCGCGACGCUCUGGGGCGUCCGGGGAGAGCAUCGCGACGCUCUGGGCGUCCGGGGAGAGCAUCGCGACGCUCUGGGGCGUCCGGGGAGAGCAUCGCGAUGCUCUGGGGCGUCCGGGAGAGCAUCGCGACGCUCUGGGGCGUCCGGGGAGAGCAUCGCGACGCUCUGGGGCGUCCGGGGAGAGCAUCGCGACGCUCUGGGGCGUCCGGGGAGAGCAUCGCGACGCUCUGGGGCGUCCGGGAGAGCAUCGCGACGCUCUGGGGCGUCCGGGAGAGCAUCGCGACGCUCUGGGGCGUCCGGGGAGAGCAUCGCGACGCUCUGGGGCGGCCGGGGAGAGCAUCGCGAUGCUCUGGGGCGUCGGGGAGAGCAUCGCGACGCUCUGGGGCGUCCGGGGAGAGCAUCGCGACGCUCUGGGGCGUCCGGGGAGAGCAUCGCGACGCUCUGGGGCGUCCGGGGAGAGCAUCGCGACGCUCUGGGCGUCCGGGGAGAGCAUCGCGACGCUCUGGGGCGUCCGGGGAGAGCAUCGCGACGCUCUGGGGCGUCCGGGGAGAGCAUCGCGACGCUCUGGGCGUCCGGGGAGAGCAUCGCGACGCUCUGGGGCGUCCGGGGAGAGCAUCGCGACGCUCUGGGGCGUCCGGGGAGAGCAUCGCGACGCUCUGGGGCGUCCGGGGAGAGCAUCGCGACGCUCUGGGGCGUCGGGGAGAGCAUCGCGACGCUCUGGGGCGUCCGGGAGAGCAUCGCGACGCUCUGGGGCGUCCGGGGAGAGCAUCGCGACGCUCUGGGGCGUCCGGGAGAGCAUCGCGACGCUCUGGGGCGUCCGGGGAGAGCAUCGCGACGCUCUGGGGCGUCCGGGAGAGCAUCGCGACGCUCUGGGGCGUCCGGGGAGAGCAUCGCGACGCUCUGGGGCGUCCGGGGAGAGCAUCGCGACGCUCUGGGGCGUCCGGGGAGAGCAUCGCGACGCUCUGGGGCGUCCGGGGAGAGCAUCGCGACGCUCUGGGGCGUCCGGGGAGAGCAUCGCGACGCUCUGGGGCGUCCGGGGAGAGCAUCGCGACGCUCUGGGGCGUCCGGGGAGAGCAUCGCGACGCUCUGGGGCGUCCGGGGAGAGCAUCGCGACGCUCUGGGGCGUCCGGGGAGAGCAUCGCGACGCUCUGGGGCGUCCGGGGAGAGCAUCGCGACGCUCUGGGGCGUCCGGGGAGAGCAUCGCGACGCUCUGGGGCGUCCGGAGAGCAUCGCGACGCUCUGGGGCGUCUGGGGAGAGCAUCGCGACGCUCUGGGGCGUCCGGGAGAGCAUCGCGACGCUCUGGGGCGUCCGGGAGAGCAUCGCGACGCUCUGGGGCGUCCGGGGAGAGCAUCGCGACGCUCUGGGGCGUCCGGGGAGAGCAUCGCGACGCUCUGGGGCGUCCGGGGAGAGCAUCGCGACGCUCUGGGGCGUCUGGGGAGAGCAUCGCGACGCUCUGGGGCGUCCGGGGAGAGCAUCGCGACGCUCUGGGGCGUCCGGGGAGAGCAUCGCGACGCUCUGGGGCGUCCGGGGAGAGCAUCGCGACGCUCUGGGGCGUCCGGGGAGAGCAUCGCGACGCUCUGGGGCGUCCGGGGAGAGCAUCGCGACGCUCUGGGGCGUCCGGGGAGCAUCGCGACGCUCUGGGGCGUCCGGGGAGAGCAUCGCGACGCUCUGGGGCGUCCGGGGAGAGCAUCGCGACGCUCUGGGGCGUCCUGGGAGAGCAUCGCGACGCUCUGGGGCGUCCGGGGAGAGCAUCGCGACGCUCUGGGGCGUCCGGGAGAGCAUCGCGACGCUCUGGGGCGUCCGGGAGAGCAUCGCGACGCUCUGGGGCGUCCGGGGAGAGCAUCGCGACGCUCUGGGGCGUCCGGAAGAGCAUCGCGACGCUCUGGGGCGUCCGGGGAGAGCAUCGCGACGCUCUGGGGCGUCCUGGGAGAGCAUCGCGACGCUCUGGGGCGUCCGGGGAGAGCAUCGCGACGCUCUGGGGCGUCCGGGGAGAGCAUCGCGACGCUCUGGGGCGUCCGGGGGAGCAGCGCAACGCUCUGGGGCGUCCGGGAGAGCAUCGCGACGCUCUGGGGCGUCCGGGGAGAGCAUCGCGACGCUCUGGGGCGUCCGGGAGAGCAUCGCGACGCUCUGGGGCGCGCGGGGAGAGCAUCGCGACGCUCUGGGGCGUCCGGGGAGAGCAUCGCGACGCUCUGGGGCGUCCGGGGAGAGCAUCGCGACGCUCUGGGGCGUCCGGGGAGAGCAUCGCGACGCUCUGGGGCGUCCGGGAGAGCAUCGCGACGCUCUGGGGCGUCCGGGGAGAGCAUCGCGACGCUCUGGGGCGUCCGGGGAGAGCAUCGCGACGCUCUGGGGCGUCCGGGGAGAGCAUCGCGACGCUCUGGGGCGUCCGGGAGAGCAUCGCGACGCUCUGGGGCGUCCGGGGAGAGCAUCGCGACGCUCUGGGGCGUCCGGGGAGAGCAUCGCGACGCUCUGGGGCGUCCGGGGAGAGCAUCGCGACGCUCUGGGGCGUCCGGGAGAGCAUCGCGACGCUCUGGGGCGUCCGGGGAGAGCAUCGCGACGCUCUGGGGCGUCCGGGGAGAGCAUCGCGACGCUCUGGGGCGUCCGGGGAGAGCAUCGCGACGCUCUGGGGCGUCCGGGGAGAGCAUCGCGACGCUCUGGGGCGUCCGGGAGAGCAUCGCGACGCUCUGGGGCGUCCGGGGAGAGCAUCGCGACGCUCUGGGGCGUCCGGGGAGAGCAUCGCGACGCUCUGGGGCGUCCGGGGAGAGCAUCGCGACGCUCUGGGGCGUCCGGGGAGAGCAUCGCGACGCUCUGGGGCGUCCGGGGAGAGCAUCGCGACGCUCUGGGGCGUCCGGGGAGAGCAUCGCGACGCUCUGGGGCGUCCGGGAGAGCAUCGCGACGCUCUGGGGCGUCCGGGGAGAGCAUCGCGACGCUCUGGGGCGUCCGGAGCAUCGCGACGCUCUGGGCGUCCGGGGAGAGCAUCGCGACGCUCUGGGGCGUCCGGGGAGAGCAUCGCGACGCUCUGGGGCGUCCGGGAGAGCAUCGCGACGCUCUGGGGCGUCCGGGGAGAGCAUCGCGACGCUCUGGGGCGUCCGGGGAGAGCAUCGCGACGCUCUGGGGCGUCCGGGGAGAGCAUCGCGACGCUCUGGGGCGUCGGGGAGAGCAUCGCGACGCUCUGGGGCGUCCGGGGAGAGCAUCGCGACGCUCUGGGGCGUCCGGGGAGAGCAUCGCGACGGGGGGGGGGGGCGACGCUCUGGGGCGUCCGGGGAGAGCAUCGCGAUGCUCUGGGGCGUCCGGGGAGAGCAUCGCGACGCUCUGGGGCGUCCGGGGAGAGCAUCGCGACGCUCUGGGGCGUCCGGGGAGAGCAUCGCGACGCUCUGGGGCGUCCGGGGAGAGCAUCGCGACGCUCUGGGGCGUCCGGAGAGAGCAUCGCGACGCUCUGGGGCGGCUGGGGAGAGCAUCGCGACGCUCUGAGGCGUCCGGGGAGAGCAUCGCGACGCUCUGGGGCGUCCGGGGAGAGCAUCGCGACGCUCUGGGGCGUCCGGGGAGAGCAUCGCGACGCUCUGGGCGUCCGGGAGAGCAUCGCGACGCUCUGGGGCGUCCGGGGAGAGCAUCGCGACGCUCUGGGGCGUCCGGGGAGAGCAUCGCGACGCUCUGGGGCGUCCGGGGAGAGCAUCGCGACGCUCUGGGGCGUCCGGGGAGAGCAUCGCGACGCUCUGGGGCGUCCGGGGAGAGCAUCGCGAUGCUCUGGGGCGUCCGGGGAGAGCAUCGCGACGCUCUGGGGCGUCCGGGGAGAGCAUCGCGACGCUCUGGGGCGUCCGGGGAGAGCAUCGCGACGCUCUGGGGCGUCCGGGGAGAGCAUCGCGACGCUCUGGGGCGUCCGGGGAGAGCAUCGCGACGCUCUGGGGCGUCCGGGGAGAGCAUCGCGACGCUCUGGGGCGUCCGGGGAGAGCAUCGCGACGCUCUGGGGCGUCCGGGAGAGCAUCGCGACGCUCUGGGGCGUCCGGGGAGAGCAUCGCGACGCUCUGGGGCGUCCGGGGAGAGCAUCGCGACGCUCUGGGGCGUCCGGGGAGAGCAUCGCGACGCUCUGGGGCGUCCGGGGAGAGCAUCGCGACGCUCUGGGGCGUCCGGGGAGAGCAUCGCGACGCUCUGGGGCGUCCGGGAGAGCAUCGCGACGCUCUGGGGCGUCGGGGAGAGCAUCGCGACGCUCUGGGGCGUCCGGGGAGAGCAUCGCGACGCUCUGGGGCGUCCGGGGAGAGCAUCGCGACGCUCUGGGGCGUCCGGGGAGAGCAUCGCGACGCUCUGGGGCGUCCGGGAGAGCAUCGCGACGCUCUGGGGCGUCCGGGGAGAGCAUCGCGACGCUCUGGGGCGUCCGGGGAGAGCAUCGCGACGCUCUGGGGCGUCCGGGGAGAGCAUCGCGACGCUCUGGGGUCCGGGGAGAGCAUCGCGACGCUCUGGGGCGUCCGGGGAAGCAUCGCGACGCUCUGGGGCGUCCGGGGAGAGCAUCGCGACGCUCUGGGGCGUCCGGGAGAGCAUCGCGACGCUCUGGGGCGUCCGGGAGAGCAUCGCGACGCUCUGGGCGUCCGGGGAGAGCAUCGCGACGCUCUGGGGCGUCCGGGGAGAGCAUCGCGACGCUCUGGGGCGUCCGGGGAGAGCAUCGCGACGCUCUGGGGCGUCCGGGGAGAGCAUCGCGACGCUCUGGGGCGUCCGGGAGAGCAUCGCGACGCUCUGGGGCGUCCGGGGAGAGCAUCGCGACGCUCUGGGGCGUCCGGGGAGAGCAUCGCGACGCUCUGGGCGUCCGGGGAGCAUCGCGACGCUCUGGGGCGUCCGGGGAGAGCAUCGCGACGCUCUGGGGCGUCCGGGAGAGCAUCGCGACGCUCUGGGGCGUCCGGGGAGAGCAUCGCGACGCUCUGGGGCGUCCGGGAGAGCAUCGCGACGCUCUGGGGCGUCCGGAGAGCAUCGCGACGCUCUGGGGCGUCCGGGGAGAGCAUCGCGACGCUCUGGGGCGUCCGGGGAGAGCAUCGCGACGCUCUGGGGCGUCCGGGGAGAGCAUCGCGACGCUCUGGGGCGUCCGGGGAGAGCAUCGCGACGCUCUGGGGCGUCCGGGGAGAGCAUCGCGACGCUCUGGGGCGUCCGGGGAGAGCAUCGCGACGCUCUGGGGCGUCCGGGGAGAGCAUCGCGACGCUCUGGGGCGUCCGGGAGAGCAUCGCGACGCUCUGGGGCGUCCGGGGAGAGCAUCGCGACGCUCUGGGGCGUCCGGGGAGAGCAUCGCGACGCUCUGGGGCGUCCGGGAGAGCAUCGCGAUGCUCUGGGGGCGUCCGGGGAGAGCAUCGCGACGCUCUGGGGCGUCCGGGUGAGCAUCGCGACGCUCUGGGGCGUCCGGGGAGAGCAUCGCGACGCUCUGGGGCGUCCGGGGAGAGCAUCGCGACGCUCUGGGGCGUCCGGGGAGAGCAUCGCGACGCUCUGGGGCGUCCGGGGAGAGCAUCGCGACGCUCUGGGGCGUCCGGGGAGAGCAUCGCGACGCUCUGGGGCGUCCGGGGAGAGCAUCGCGACGCUCUGGGGCGUCCGGGGAGAGCAUCGCGACGCUCUGGGGCGUCCGGGGAGAGCAUCGCGACGCUCUGGGGCGUCCGGGGAGAGCAUCGCGACGCUCUGGGGCGUCCGGGAGAGCAUCGCGACGCUCUGGGGCGUCCGGGGAGAGCAUCGCGACGCUCUGGGGCGUCCGGGGAGAGCAUCGCGACGCUCUGGGGCGUCCGGGGAGAGCAUCGCGACGCUCUGGGGGUGGGGCGUCCGGGGAGAGCAUCGCGACGCUCUGGGGCGUCCGGGAGAGCAUCGCGACGCUCUGGGGCGUCCGGGGAAGCAUCGCGACGCUCUGGGGCGUCCGGGAGAGCAUCGCGACGCUCUGGGGCGUCCGGGAGAGCAUCGCGACGCUCUGGGGCGUCCGGGAGAGCAUCGCGACGCUCUGGGGCGUCCGGGGAGAGCAUCGCGACGCUCUGGGGCGUCCGGGGAGAGCAUCGCGACGCUCUGGGGCGUCCGGGGAGAGCAUCGCGACGCUCUGGGGCGUCCGGGGAGAGCAUCGCGACGCUCUGGGGCGUCCGGGAGAGCAUCGCGACGCUCUGGGGCGUCCGGGGAGAGCAUCGCGACGCUCUGGGGCGUCCGGGGAGAGCAUCGCGACGCUCUGGGGCGUCCGGGGAGAGCAUCGCGACGCUCUGGGGCGUCCGGGGAGCAUCGCGACGCUCUGGGGCGUCCGGGGAGAGCAUCGCGACGUGCUCUGGGGCGUCCGGGGAGAGCAUCGCGACGCUCUGGGGCGUCCGGGGAGAGCAUCGCGACGCUCUGGGGCGUCCGGGGAGAGCAUCGCGACGCUCUGGGGCCCGGGGCGGGGAAGCAUCGCGACGCUCUGGGGCGUCCGGGGAGAGCAUCGCGACGCUCUGGGGCGUCCGGGGAGAGCAUCGCGACGCUCUGGGGCGUCCGGGGAGAGCAUCGCGACGCUCUGGGGCGGCGUGGGGAGAGCAUCGCGACGCUCUGGGGCGUCCGGGGAGAGCAUCGCGACGCUCUGGGGCGUCCGGGGAGAGCAUCGCGACGCUCUGGGGCGUCCGGGGAGAGCAUCGCGACGCUCUGGGGCGUCCGGGAGAGCAUCGCGACGCUCUGGGGCGUCCGGGGAGAGCAUCGCGACGCUCUGGGGCGUCCGGGGAGAGCAUCGCGACGCUCUGGGGCGUCCGGGGAGAGCAUCGCGACGCUCUGGGGCGUCCGGGGAGAGCAUCCCGACGCUCUGGGGCGUCCGGGGAGAGCAUCGCGACGCUCUGGGGCGUCUGGGGGAGCAUCGCGUGCUCUGGGGCGUCCGGGGAGAGCAUCGCGACGCUCUGGGGCGUCCGGGGAGAGCAUCGCGACGCUCUGGGCGUCCGGGAGAGCAUCGCGACGCUCUGGGGCGUCCGGGGAGAGCAUCGCGACGCUCUGGGCGUCCGGGAGAGCAUCGCGACGCUCUGGGGCGUCCGGGGAGAGCAUCGCGACGCUCUGGGGCGUCCGGGAGAGAGCAUCGCGACGCUCUGGGGCGUCCGGGGAGAGCAUCGCGACGCUCUGGGGCGUCCGGGGAGAGCAUCGCGACGCUCUGGGGCGUCCGGGGAGAGCAUCGCGACGCUCUGGGGCGUCCGGGGAGAGCAUCGCGACGCUCUGGGGCGUCCGGGGAGAGCAUCGCGACGCUCUGGGGCGUCCGGGGAGAGCAUCGCGACGCUCUGGGGCGUCCGGGGAGAGCAUCGCGACGCUCUGGGGCGUCCGGGGAGAGCAUCGCGACGCUCUGGGGCGUCCGGGGAGAGCAUCGCGACGCUCUGGGGCGUCCGGGAGAGCAUCGCGACGCUCUGGGGCGUCCGGGGAGAGCAUCGCGACGCUCUGGGGCGUCCGGGGAGAGCAUCGCGACGCUCUGGGGCGUCCGGGAGAGCAUCGCGACGCUCUGGGGCGUCCGGGGAGAGCAUCGCGACGCUCUGGGGCGUCGGGGGAGAGCAUCGCGACGCUCUGGGGCGUCCGGGAGAGCAUCGCGACGCUCUGGGGCGUCCGGGGAGAGCAUCGCGACGCUCUGGGGCGUCCGGGGAGAGCAUCGCGACGCUCUGGGGCGUCCGGGGAGAGCAUCGCGACGCUCUGGGGCGUCCGGGAGAGCAUCGCGACGCUCUGGGGCGUCCGGGGAGAGCAUCGCGACGCUCUGGGGCGUCCGGGAGAGCAUCGCGACGCUCUGGGGCGUCCGGGAGAGCAUCGCGACGCUCUGGGGCGUCCGGGGAGAGCAUCGCGACGCUCUGGGGCGUCCGGGAGAGCAUCGCGACGCUCUGGGGCGUCCGGGGAGAGCAUCGCGACGCUCUGGGGCGUCCGGGGAGAGCAUCGCGACGCUCUGGGGCGUCCGGGGAGAGCAUCGCGACGCUCUGGGCGUCCGGGGAGCAUCGCGACGCUCUGGGGCGUCCGGGGAGAGCAUCGCGACGCUCUGGGGCGUCCGGGGAGAGCAUCGCGACGCUCUGGGGCGUCCGGGAGAGCAUCGCGACGCUCUGGGGCGUCCGGGGAGAGCAUCGCGACGCUCUGGGGCGUCCGGGGAGAGCAUCGCGACGCUCUGGGGCGUCCGGGGAGAGCAUCGCGACGCUCUGGGGCGUCCGGGGGAGCAUCGCGACGCUCUGGGGCGUCCGGGGAGAGCAUCGCGACGCUCUGGGGCGUCCGGGGAGAGCAUCGCGACGCUCUGGGGCGUCCGGGGAGAGCAUCGCGACGCUCUGGGGCGUCCGGGGAGAGCAUCGCGACGCUCUGGGGCGUCCGGGGAGAGCAUCGCGACGCUCUGGGGCGUCCGGGGAGCAUCGCGACGCUCUGGGGCGUCCGGGGAGAGCAUCGCGACGCUCUGGGCGUCCGGGGAGAGCAUCGCGACGCUCUGGGGCGUCCGGGGAGAGCAUCGCGACGCUCUGGGGCGUCCGGGGAGAGCAUCGCGACGCUCUGGGGCGUCCGGGGAGAGCAUCGCGACGCUCUGGGGCGUCCGGGGAGAGCAUCGCGACGCUCUGGGGCGUCCGGGGAGAGCAUCGCGACGCUCUGGGGCGUCCGGGAGAGCAUCGCGACGCUCUGGGGCGUCCGGGGAGAGCAUCGCGACGCUCUGGGGCGUCCGGGAGAGCAUCGCGACGCUCUGGGGCGUCCGGGGAGAGCAUCGCGACGCUCUGGGGCGUCCGGGGAGAGCAUCGCGACGCUCUGGGGCGUCCGGGAGAGCAUCGCGACGCUCUGGGGGUCGUCGGGGAGAGCAUCGCGACGCUCUGGGGCGUCCGGGGAGAGCAUCGCGACGCUCUGGGGCGUCCGGGAGAGCAUCGCGACGCUCUGGGGCGUCCGGGAGAGCAUCGCGACGCUCUGGGGCGUCCGGGGAGAGCAUCGCGACGCUCUGGGGCGUCCGGGGAGAGCAUCGCGACGCUCUGGGGCGUCCGGGGAGAGCAUCGCGACGCUCUGGGGCGGCCGGGGAGAGCAUCGCGACGCUCUGGGGCGUCCGGGAGAGCAUCGCGACGCUCUGGGGCGUCCGGGGAGAGCAUCGCGACGCUCUGGGGCGUCCGGGGAGAGCAUCGCGACGCUCUGGGGCGUCCGGGGAGAGCAUCGCGACGCUCUGGGGCGUCCGGGGAGAGCAUCGCGACGCUCUGGGGCGUCCGGGAGAGCAUCGCGACGCUCUGGGGCGUCCGGGGAGAGCAUCGCGACGCUCUGGGGCGUCCGGGAGAGCAUCGCGACGCUCUGGGGCGUCCGGGGAGAGCAUCGCGACGCUCUGGGGCGUCCGGGGGAGCAUCGCGACGCUCUGGGGCGUCCGGGAGAGCAUCGCGACGCUCUGGGGCGUCCGGGGAGAGCAUCGCGACGCUCUGGGGCGUCCGGGGAGAGCAUCGCGACGCUCUGGGGCGUCCGGGGAGAGCAUCGCGAUGCUCUGGGGCGUCCGGGAGAGCAUCGCGACGCUCUGGGCGUCCGGGGAGAGCAUCGCGACGCUCUGGGGCUGGGGAGAGCAUCGCGAUGCUCUGGGGCGUCCGGGGAGAGCAUCGCGACGCUCUGGGGCGUCCGGGGAGAGCAUCGCGACGCUCUGGGGCGUCCGGGGAGAGCAUCGCGACGCUCUGGGGCGUCCGGGGAGAGCAUCGCGACGCUCUGGGGCGUCCGGGGAGAGCAUCGCGACGCUCUGGGGCGUCCGGGGAGAGCAUCGCGACGCUCUGGGGCGUCCGGGGAGAGCAUCGCGACGCUCUGGGGCGUCCGGGGAGAGCAUCGCGACGCUCUGGGGCGUCCGGGGAGCAUCGCGACGCUCUGGGGCGUCCGGGGAGAGCAUCGCGACGCUCUGGGGCGUCCGGGGAGAGCAUCGCGACGCUCUGGGGCGUCCGGGGAGAGCAUCGCGACGCUCUGGGGCGUCCGGGGAGAGCAUCGCGACGCUCUGGGGCGUCCAGGGAGAGCAUCGCGACGCUCUGGGGCGUCCGGGGAGAGCAUCGCGACGCUCUGGGGCGUCCGGGAGAGCAUCGCGACGCUCUGGGGCGUCCGGGAGAGCAUCGCGACGCUCUGGGGCGUCCGGGGAGAGCAUCGCGACGCUCUGGGGCGUCCGGGAGAGCAUCGCGACGCUCUGGGGCGUCCGGGGAGAGCAUCGCGACGCUCUGGGGCGUCCGGGAGAGCAUCGCGACGCUCUGGGGCGUCCGGGAGAGCAUCGCGACGCUCUGGGGCGUCCGGGGAGAGCAUCGCGACGCUCUGGGGCGUCCGGGGAGAGCAUCGCGACGCUCUGGGGCGUCCGGGGAGAGCAUCGCGACGCUCUGGGGCGUCCGGGGAGAGCAUCGCGACGCUCUGGGGCGUCCGGGGAGAGCAUCGCGACGCUCUGGGGCGUCCGGGGAGAGCAUCGCGACGCUCUGGGGCGUCCGGGGAGAGCAUCGCGACGCUCUGGGGCGUCCGGGGAGAGCAUCGCGACGCUCUGGGGCGUCCGGGGAGAGCAUCGCGACGCUCUGGGGCGUCCGGGGAGAGCAUCGCGACGCUCUGGGGCGUCCGGGAGAGCAUCGCGACGCUCUGGGGCGUCCGGGGAGAGCAUCGCGACGCUCUGGGGCGUCCGGGGAGAAUCGCGACGCUCUGGGGCGUCCGGGGAGAGCAUCGCGACGCUCUGGGGCGUCCGGGAGAGCAUCGCGACGCUCUGGGGCGUCCGGGGAGAGCAUCGCGACGCUCUGGGGCGUCCGGGGAGAGCAUCGCGACGCUCUGGGGCGUCCGGGGAGAGCAUCGCGACGCUCUGGGGCGUCCAGGGAGAGCAUCGCGACGCUCUGGGGCGUCCGGGGAGAGCAUCGCGACGCUCUGGGGCGUCCGGGAGAGCAUCGCGACGCUCUGGGGCGUCCGGGGAGAGCAUCGCGACGCUCUGGGGCGUCCGGGGAGAGCAUCGCGACGCUCUGGGGCGUUCGGGAGAGCAUCGCGACGCUCUGGGGCGUCCGGGGAGAGCAUCGCGACGCUCUGGGGCGUCCGGGGAGAGCAUCGCGACGCUCUGGGGCGUCCGGGGAGAGCAUCGCGACGCUCUGGGGCGUCCGGGGAGAGCAUCGCGACGCUCUGGGGCGUCCGAGGAGAGCAUCGCGACGCUCUGGGGCGUCCGGGGAGAGCAUCGCGACGCUCUGGGGCGUCCGGGGAGAGCAUCGCGACGCUCUGGGGCGUCCGGGGAGAGCAUCGCGACGCUCUGGGGCGUCCGGGGAGAGCAUCGCGAUGCUCUGGGGCGUCCGGGGAGAGCAUCGCGACGCUCUGGGGCGUCCGGGAUGAGCAUCGCGACGCUCUGGGGCGUCCGGGGAGAGCAUCGCGACGCUCUGGGGCGUCCGGGAGAGCAUCGCGACGCUCUGGGGCGUCCGGGGAGAGCAUCGCGACGCUCUGGGGCGUCCGGGGAGAGCAUCGCGACGCUCUGGGGCGUCCGGGGAGAGCAUCGCGACGCUCUGGGGCGUCCAGGGAGAGCAUCGCGACGCUCUGGGGCGUCCGGGGAGAGCAUCGCGACGCUCUGGGGCGUCCGGGGAGAGCAUCGCGACGCUCUGGGGCGUCCGGGGAGAGCAUCGCGACGCUCUGGGGCGUCCGGGGAGAGCAUCGCGACGCUCUGGGGCGUCCGGGAGAGCAUCGCGACGCUCUGGGGCGUCCGGGGAGAGCAUCGCGACGCUCUGGGGCGUCCGGGAGAGCAUCGCGACGCUCUGGGGCGUCCGGGGAGAGCAUCGCGACGCUCUGGGGCGUCCGGGAGAGCAUCGCGACGCUCUGGGGCGUCCGGGGAGAGCAUCGCGACGCUCUGGGCGUCCGGGGAGAGCAUCGCGACGCUCUGGGCGUCCGGGGAGAGCAUCGCGACGCUCUGGGGCGUCCGGGGAGAGCAUCGCGACGCUCUGGGCGUCCGGGGAGAGCAUCGCGACGCUCUGGGGCGUCCGGGGAGAGCAUCGCGACGCUCUGGGGCGUCCGGGGAGAGCAUCGCGACGCUCUGGGGCGUCCGGGGAGAGCAUCGCGACGCUCUGGGGCGUCCGGGGAGAGCAUCGCGACGCUCUGGGGCGUCCGGGGAGAGCAUCGCGACGCUCUGGGGCGUCCGGGGAGAGCAUCGCGACGCUCUGGGGCGUCCGGGGAGAGCAUCGCGACGCUCUGGGGCGUCCGGGGAGAGCAUCGCGACGCUCUGGGGCGUCCGGGGAGAGCAUCGCGACGCUCUGGGGCGUCCGGGGAGAGCAUCGCGACGCUCUGGGGCGUCCGGGGAGAGCAUCGCGACGCUCUGGGGCGUCCGGGGAGAGCAUCGCGACGCUCUGGGCGUCCGGGGAGAGCAUCGCGACGCUCUGGGGCGUCCGGGGAGAGCAUCGCGACGCUCUGGGGCGUCCGGGGAGAGCAUCGCGACGCUCUGGGGCGUCCGGGGAGAGCAUCGCGACGCUCUGGGGCGUCCGGGAGAGCAUCGCGACGCUCUGGGGCGUCCGGGGAGAGCAUCGCGACGCUCUGGGGCGUCCGGGGAGAGCAUCGCGACGCUCUGGGGCGUCCGGGGAGAGCAUCGCGACGCUCUGGGGCGUCCGGGGAGCAUCGCGACGCUCUGGGGCGUCCGGGGAGAGCAUCGCGACGCUCUGGGGCGUCCGGGGAGAGCAUCGCGACGCUCUGGGGCGUCCGGGGAGAGCAUCGCGACGCUCUGGGGCGUCCGGGGAGAGCAUCGCGACGCUCUGGGCGUCCGGGAGAGCAUCGCGACGCUCUGGGGCGUCCGGGGAGAGCAUCGCGACGCUCUGGGGCGUCCGGGGAGAGCAUCGCGACGCUCUGGGCGUCCGGAGAGAGCAUCGCGACGCUCUGGGGCGUCCGGGGAGAGCAUCGCGACGCUCUGGGGCGUCCGGGGAGAGCAUCGCGACGCUCUGGGGCGUCCGGGGAGAGCAUCGCGACGCUCUGGGGCGUCCGGGGAGAGCAUCGCGACGCUCUGGGGCGUCCGGGGAGAGCAUCGCGACGCUCUGGGGCGUCCGAGGAGAGCAUCGCGACGCUCUGGGGCGUCCGGGGAGAGCAUCGCGACGCUCUGGGGCGUCCGGGAGAGCAUCGCGACGCUCUGGGGCGUCCGGGGAGAGCAUCGCGACGCUCUGGGGCGUCCGGGGAGAGCAUCGCGACGCUCUGGGGCGUCCGGGGAGAGCAUCGCGACGCUCUGGGGCGUCCGGGGAGAGCAUCGCGACGCUCUGGGGCGUCCGGGAGAGCAUCGCGACGCUCUGGGGCGUCCGGGGAGAGCAUCGCGACGCUCUGGGGCGUCCGGGGAGAGCAUCGCGACGCUCUGGGGCGUCCGGGGAGAGCAUCGCGACGCUCUGGGCGUCCGGGGGAGCAUCGCGACGCUCUGGGGCGUCCGGGAGAGCAUCGCGACGCUCUGGGGCGUCCGGGAGAGCAUCGCGACGCUCUGGGGCGUCCGGGGAGAGCAUCGCGACGCUCUGGGGCGUCCGGGGAGAGCAUCGCGACGCUCUGGGGCGUCCGGGGAGAGCAUCGCGACGCUCUGGGGCGUCCGGGGAGAGCAUCGCGACGCUCUGGGGCGUCCGGGGAGAGCAUCGCGACGCUCUGGGGCGUCCGGGGAGAGCAUCGCACGCUCUGGGGCGUCCGGGAGAGCAUCGCGACGCUCUGGGGCCCGGGAGAGCAUCGCGACGCUCUGGGGCGUCCGGGAGAGCAUCGCGACGCUCUGGGGCGUCCGGGGAGAGCAUCGCGACGCUCUGGGGCGUCCGGGGAGAGCAUCGCGACGCUCUGGGGGCCGGGAGAGCAUCGCGACGCUCUGGGGCGUCCGGGAGAGCAUCGCGACGCUCUGGGGCGUCCGGGGAGAGCAUCGCGACGCUCUGGGGCGUCCGGGAGAGCAUCGCGACGCUCUGGGGCGUCCGGGGAGAGCAUCGCGACGCUCUGGGGCGUCCGGGGAGAGCAUCGCGACGCUCUGGGGCGUCCGGGGAGAGCAUCGCGACGCUCUGGGGCGUCCGGGGAGAGCAUCGCGACGCUCUGGGGCGUCCGGGAGAGCAUCGCGACGCUCUGGGGCGUCCGGGGAGAGCAUCGCGACGCUCUGGGGCGUCCGGGAGAGCAUCGCGACGCUCUGGGGCGUCCGGGGAGAGCAUCGCGACGCUCUGGGCGUCCGGGGAGAGCAUCGCGACGCUCUGGGGCGUCCGGGGAGAGCAUCGCGACGCUCUGGGGCGUCCGGGGAGAGCAUCGCGACGCUCUGGGGCGUCCGGGAGAGCAUCGCGACGCUCUGGGGCGUCCGGGGAGAGCAUCGCGACGCUCUGGGGCGUCCGGGGAGAGCAUCGCGACGCUCUGGGGCGUCCGGGGAGAGCAUCGCGACGCUCUGGGGCGUCCGGGGAGAGCAUCGCGACGCUCUGGGGCGUCCGUGGAGAGCAUCGCGACGCUCUGGGGCGUCCGAGGGAGCAUCGCGACGCUCUGGGGCGUCUCGGGGAGAGCAUCGCGACGCUCUGGGCGUCCGGGGAGAGCAUCCGCGACGCUCUGGGGCGUCCGGGAGAGCAUCGCGACGCUCUGGGGCGUCCGGGGAAGCAUCGCGACGCUCUGGGGCGUCCGGGAGAGCAUCGCGAUGCUCUGGGGCGUCCGUGGAGAGCAUCGCGACGCUCUGGGGCGUCCGGGGAGAGCAUCGCGACGCUCUGGGGCGUCCGGAGAGCAUCGCGACGCUCUGGGGCGUCCGGGGAGAGCAUCGCGAUGCUCUGGGGCGUCCGGGAGAGCAUCGCGACGCUCUGGGGCGUCCGGGGAGAGCAUCGCGACGCUCUGGGGCGUCCGGGGAGAGCAUCGCGACGCUCUGGGGCGUCCGGCAUCGCGACGCUCUGGGGCGUCCGGGGAGAGCAUCGCGACGCUCUGGGGCGUCCGGGGAGAGCAUCGCGACGCUCUGGGGCGUCCGGGGAGAGCAUCGCGACGCUCUGGGGCGUCCGGGAGAGCAUCGCGACGCUCUGGGCGUCCGGGGAGAGCAUCGCGACGCUCUGGGGCGUCCGGGAGAGCAUCGCGACGCUCUGGGGCGUCGGGGAGAGCAUCGCGACGCUCUGGGGCGUCCGGGGAGAGCAUCGCGACGCUCUGGGGCGUCCGGGGAGAGCAUCGCGACGCUCUGGGGCGUCCGGGGAGCAUCGCGACGCUCUGGGGCGUCCGGGGAGAGCAUCGCGACGCUCUGGGCGUCCGGGGAGAGCAUCGCGACGCUCUGGGGCGUCCGGGGAGAGCAUCGCGACGCUCUGGGGCGUCCGGGGAGAGCAUCGCGACGCUCUGGGGCGUCUGGGGAGAGCAUCGCGACGCUCUGGGGCGUCCGGGGAGAGCAUCGCGACGCUCUGGGGCGUCCGGGAGAGCAUCGCGACGCUCUGGGGCGUCCGGGGAGAGCAUCGCGACGCUCUGGGCGUCCGGGAGAGCAUCGCGACGCUCUGGGGCGUCCGGGGGAGAGCAUCGCGACGCUCUGGGGCGUCCGGGGAGAGCAUCGCGACGCUCUGGGGCGUCCGGGGAGAGCAUCGCGACGCUCUGGGGCGUCCGGGAGAGCAUCGCGACGCUCUGGGGCGUCCGGGAGAGCAUCGCGACGCUCUGGGGCGUCCGGGAGAGCAUCGCGACGCUCUGGGGCGUCCGGGAGAGCAUCGCGACGCUCUGGGGCGUCCGGGGAGAGCAUCGCGACGCUCUGGGCGUCCGGGGAGAGCAUCGCGACGCUCUGGGGCGUCCGGGGAGAGCAUCGCGACGCUCUGGGGCGUCCGGGAGAGCAUCGCGACGCUCUGGGGCGUCCGGGGAGAGCAUCGCGACGCUCUGGGGCGUCCGGGAGAGCAUCGCGACGCUCUGGGGCGUCCGGGAGAGCAUCGCGACGCUCUGGGGCGUCGGGGAGAGCAUCGCGACGCUCUGGGGCGUCCGGGGAGAGCAUCGCGACGCUCUGGGCGUCCGGGAGAGCAUCGCGACGCUCUGGGGCGUCCGGGGAGAGCAUCGCGACGCUCUGGGGCGUCCGGGGAGAGCAUCGCGACGCUCUGGGGCGUCCGGGGAGAGCAUCGCGACGCUCUGGGGCGUCCGGGGAGAGCAUCGCGACGCUCUGGGGCGUCCGGGAGAGCAUCGCGACGCUCUGGGGCGUCCGGGAGAGCAUCGCGACGCUCUGGGGCGUCCGGGGAGAGCAUCGCGACGCUCUGGGGCGUCCGGGGAGAGCAUCGACGCUCUGGGGCGUCCGGGGAGAGCAUCGCGACGCUCUGGGGCGUCCGGGGAGAGCAUCGCGACGCUCUGGGGCGUCCGGGGAGAGCAUCGCGACGCUCUGGGGCGUCCGGGGAGAGCAUCGCGACGCUCUGGGGCGUCCGGGGAGAGCAUCGCGACGCUCUGGGGCGUCCGGGGAGAGCAUCGCGACGCUCUGGGGCGUCCGGGAGAGCAUCGCGACGCUCUGGGGCGUCCGGGGAGAGCAUCGCGACGCUCUGGGCGUCCGGGGAGAGCAUCGCGACGCUCUGGGGCGUCCGGGGAGAGCAUCGCGACGCUCUGGGGCGUCCGGGGAGAGCAUCGCGACGCUCUGGGGCGUCCGGGGAGAGCAUCGCGACGCUCUGGGGCGUCCGGGGAGAGCAUCGCGACGCUCUGGGGCGUCCGGGGAGAGCAUCGCGACGCUCUGGGGCGUCCGGGGAGAGCAUCGCGACGCUCUGGGGCGUCCGGGGAGAGCAUCGCGACGCUCUGGGGCGUCCGGGGAGAGCAUCGCGACGCUCUGGGGCGUCCGGGGAGAGCAUCGCGACGCUCUGGGGCGUCCGGGAGAGCAUCGCGACGCUCUGGGGCGUCCGGGGAGAGCAUCGCGACGCUCUGGGGCGUCCGGGGAGAGCAUCGCGACGCUCUGGGGCGUCCGGGGAGAGCAUCGCGACGCUCUGGGGCGUCCGGGAGAGCAUCGCGACGCUCUGGGGCGUCCGGGGAGAGCAUCGCGACGCUCUGGGGCGUCCGGGAGAGCAUCGCGACGCUCUGGGGCGUCCGGGGAGAGCAUCGCGACGCUCUGGGGCGUCCGGGGAGCAUCGCGACGCUCUGGGGCGUCCGGGGAGAGCAUCGCGACGCUCUGGGGCGUCCGGGAGAGCAUCGCGACGCUCUGGGGCGUCCGGGGAGAGCAUCGCGACGCUCUGGGGCGUCCGGGAGAGCAUCGCGACGCUCUGGGGCGUCCGGGAGAGCAUCGCGACGCUCUGGGGCGUCCGGGAGAGCAUCGCGACGCUCUGGGGCGUCCGGGGAGAGCAUCGCGACGCUCUGGGGCGUCCGGGGAGAGCAUCGCGACGCUCUGGGGGCGUCCGGGGAGAGCAUCGCGACGCUCUGGGGCGUCCGGGAGAGCAUCGCGACGCUCUGGGGCGUCCGGGGAGAGCAUCGCGACGCUCUGGGGCGUCCGGGGAGAGCAUCGCGACGCUCUGGGCGUCCGGGAGAGCAUCGCGACGCUCUGGGGCGUCCGGGGAGAGCAUCGCGACGCUCUGGGGCGUCCGGGAGAGCAUCGACGCUCUGGGGCGUCGGGGAGAGCAUCGCGACGCUCUGGGGCGUCCGGGGAGAGCAUCGCGACGCUCUGGGGCGUCCGGGGAGAGCAUCGCGACGCUCUGGGGCGUCCGGGGAGAGCAUCGCGACGCUCUGGGGCGUCCGGGGAGAGCAUCGCGACGCUCUGGGGCGUCCGGGGAGAGCAUCGCGACGCUCUGGGGCGUCCGGGGAGAGCAUCGCGACGCUCUGGGGCGUCCGGGAGAGCAUCGCGACGCUCUGGGGGCGUCCGGGGAGAGCAUCGCGACGCUCUGGGGCGUCCGGGGAGAGCAUCGCGACGCUCUGGGGCGUCCGGGGAGAGCAUCGCGACGCUCUGGGGCGUCCGGGGAGAGCAUCGCGACGCUCUGGGCGUCCGGGGAGAGCAUCGCGACGCUCUGGGGCGUCCGGGGAGAGCAUCGCGACGCUCUGGGGCGUCCGGGGAGAGCAUCGCGACGCUCUGGGGCGUCCGGGGAGAGCAUCGCGACGCUCUGGGGCGUCCGGGGAGAGCAUCGCGACGCUCUGGGGCGUCCGGGGAGAGCAUCGCGACGCUCUGGGGCGUCCGGGGAGAGCAUCGCGACGCUCUGGGGCGUCCGGGGAGAGCAUCGCGACGCUCUGGGGCGUCCGGGGAGAGCAUCGCGACGCUCUGGGGCGUCCGGGGAGAGCAUCGCGACGCUCUGGGGCGUCCGGAGAGCAUCAUCGCGACGCUCUGGGGCGUCCGGGGAGAGCAUCGCGACGCUCUGGGGCGUCCGGGGAGAGCAUCGCGACGCUCUGGGGCGUCCGGGGAGAGCAUCGCGACGCUCUGGGGCGUCCGGGGAGAGCAUCGCGACGCUCUGGGGCGUCCGGGGAGAGCAUCGCGACGCUCUGGGGCGUCCGGGAGAGCAUCGCGACGCUCUGGGGCGUCCGGGGAGCAUCGCGACGCUCUGGGGCGUCCGGGGAGAGCAUCGCGACGCUCUGGGGCGUCCGGGGAGCAUCGCGACGCUCUGGGGCGUCCGGGGAGAGCAUCGCGACGCUCUGGGGCGUCCGGGGAGAGCAUCGCGACGCUCUGGGGCGUCCGGGGAGAGCAUCGCGACGCUCUGGGGCGUCCGGGAGAGCAUCGCGACGCUCUGGGGCGUCCGGGGAGAGCAUCGCGACGCUCUGGGGCGUCCGGGGAGAGCAUCGCGACGCUCUGGGCGUCCGGGGAGAGCAUCGCGACGCUCUGGGGCGUCCGGGGAGAGCAUCGCGACGCUCUGGGGCGUCCGGGGAGAGCAUCGCGACGCUCUGGGGCGUCCGGGGAGAGCAUCGCGACGCUCUGGGGCGUCCGGGAGAGCAUCGCGACGCUCUGGGGCGUCCGGGGAGAGCAUCGCGACGCUCUGGGGCGUCCGGGGAGAGCAUCGCGACGCUCUGGGGCGUCCGGGGAGAGCAUCGCGACGCUCUGGGGCGUCCGGGAGAGCAUCGCGACGCUCUGGGGCGUCCGGGGAGAGCAUCGCGACGCUCUGGGGCGUCCGGGGAGAGCAUCGCGACGCUCUGGGGCGUCCGGGGAGAGCAUCGCGACGCUCUGGGGCGUCCGGGGAGAGCAUCGCGACGCUCUGGGGCGUCCGGGGAGAGCAUCGCGACGCUCUGGGGCGUCCGGGGAGAGCAUCGCGACGCUCUGGGGCGUCCGGGGAGAGCAUCGCGACGCUCUGGGGCGUCCGGGGAGAGCAUCGCGACGCUCUGGGGCGUCCGGGGAGAGCAUCGCGACGCUCUGGGGCGUCCGGGGAGAGCAUCGCGACGCUCUGGGGCGUCCGGGGAGAGCAUCGCGACGCUCUGGGGCGUCCGGGGAGAGCAUCGCGACGCUCUGGGCGUCCGGGGAGAGCAUCGCGACGCUCUGGGGCGUCCGGGGAGAGCAUCGCGACGCUCUGGGGCGUCCGGGAGAGCAUCGCGACGCUCUGGGGCGUCCGGGAGAGCAUCGCGACGCUCUGGGGCGUCCGGGGAGAGCAUCGCGACGCUCUGGGGCGUCCUGGGGAGAGCAUCGCGACGCUCUGGGGCGUCCGGGGAGAGCAUCGCGACGCUCUGGGGCGUCCGGGGAGAGCAUCGCGACGCUCUGGGGCGUCCGGGGAGAGCAUCGCGACGCUCUGGGGCGUCCGGGGAGAGCAUCGCGACGCUCUGGGGCGUCCGGGAGAGCAUCGCGACGCUCUGGGGCGUCCGGGGAGAGCAUCGCGACGCUCUGGGGCGUCCGGGGAGAGCAUCGCGACGCUCUGGGGCGUCCGGGGAGAGCAUCGCGACGCUCUGGGGCGUCCGGGGAGAGCAUCGCGACGCUCUGGGGCGUCCGGGGAGAGCAUCGCGACGCUCUGGGGCGUCCGGGGAGAGCAUCGCGACGCUCUGGGGCGUCCGGGGAGAGCAUCGCGACGCUCUGGGGCGUCCGGGGAGAGCAUCGCGACGCUCUGGGGCGUCCGGGAGAGCAUCGCGACGCUCUGGGGCGUCCGGGGAGAGCAUCGCGACGCUCUGGGGCGUCCGGGAGAGCAUCGCGACGCUCUGGGGCGUCCGGGGAGAGCAUCGCGACGCUCUGGGGCGUCCGGGGAGAGCAUCGCGACGCUCUGGGGCGUCCGGGGAGAGCAUCGCGACGCUCUGGGGCGUCCGGGAGAGCAUCGCGACGCUCUGGGGCGUCCGGGAGAGCAUCGCGACGCUCUGGGGCGUCCGGGGAGAGCAUCGCGACGCUCUGGGGCGUCCGGGGAGAGCAUCGCGACGCUCUGGGGCGUCCGGGAGAGCAUCGCGACGCUCUGGGGCGUCCGGGGAGAGCAUCGCGACGCUCUGGGGCGUCCGGGGAGAGCAUCGCGACGCUCUGGGGCGUCCGGGGAGAGCAUCGCGACGCUCUGGGGCGUCCGGGGAGAGCAUCGCGACGCUCUGGGGCGUCCGGGGAGAGCAUCGCGACGCUCUGGGGCGUCCGGGGAGAGCAUCGCGACGCUCUGGGGCGUCCGGGGAGAGCAUCGCGACGCUCUGGGGCGUCCGGGAGAGCAUCGCGACGCUCUGGGGCGUCCGGGGAGAGCAUCGCGACGCUCUGGGGCGUCCGGGGAGAGCAUCGCGACGCUCUGGGGCGUCCGGGGAGAGCAUCGCGACGCUCUGGGGCGUCCGGGAGAGCAUCGCGACGCUCUGGGGCGUCCGGGGAGAGCAUCGCGACGCUCUGGGGCGUCCGGGGAGAGCAUCGCGACGCUCUGGGGCGUCCGGGGAGAGCAUCGCGACGCUCUGGGGCGUCCGGGGAGAGCAUCGCGACGCUCUGGGGCGUCCGGGGAGAGCAUCGCGACGCUCUGGGGCGUCCGGGAGAGCAUCGCGACGCUCUGGGGCGUCCGGGGAGAGCAUCGCGACGCUCUGGGGCGUCCGGGAGAGCAUCGCGACGCUCUGGGGCGUCCGGGGAGAGCAUCGCGACGCUCUGGGGCGUCCUGGGGAGAGCAUCGCGACGCUCUGGGGCGUCCGGGGAGAGCAUCGCGACGCUCUGGGGCGUCCGGGGAGAGCAUCGCGACGCUCUGGGGCGUCCGGGGAGAGCAUCGCGACGCUCUGGGGCGUCCGGGGAGAGCAUCGCGACGCUCUGGGGCGUCCGGGGAGAGCAUCGCGACGCUCUGGGGCGUCCGGGGAGAGCAUCGCGACGCUCUGGGGCGUCCGGGAGAGCAUCGCGACGCUCUGGGGCGUCCGGGAGAGCAUCGCGACGCUCUGGGGCGUCCGGGAGAGCAUCGCGACGCUCUGGGGCGUCCGGGAGAGCAUCGCGACGCUCUGGGGCGUCCGGGGAGAGCAUCGCGACGCUCUGGGGCGUCCGGGGAGAGCAUCGCGACGCUCUGGGGCGUCCGGGGAGAGCAUCGCGACGCUCUGGGGCGUCCGGGAGAGCAUCGCGACGCUCUGGGCGUCCGGGGAGAGCAUCGCGACGCUCUGGGGCGUCCGGGGAGAGCAUCGCGACGCUCUGGGGCGUCCGGGAGAGCAUCGCGACGCUCUGGGGCGUCCGGGGAGAGCAUCGCGACGCUCUGGGGCGUCCGGGGAGAGCAUCGCGACGCUCUGGGGCGUCCGGGGAGAGCAUCGCGACGCUCUGGGGCGUCCGGGGAGAGCAUCGCGACGCUCUGGGGCGUCCGGGAGAGCAUCGCGACGCUCUGGGCGUCCGGGGAGAGCAUCGCGACGCUCUGGGGCGUCCGGGAGAGCAUCGCGACGCUCUGGGGCGUCCGGGGAGAGCAUCGCGACGCUCUGGGGCGUCCGGGGAGAGCAUCGCGACGCUCUGGGGCGUCCGGGGAGAGCAUCGCGACGCUCUGGGGCGUCCGGGAGAGCAUCGCGACGCUCUGGGGCGUCCGGGGAGAGCAUCGCGACGCUCUGGGGCGUCCGGGGAGAGCAUCGCGACGCUCUGGGGCGGCCGGGGAGAGCAUCGCGACGCUCUGGGGCGUCCGGGGAGAGCAUCGCGACGCUCUGGGGCGUCGGGGAGAGCAUCGCGACGCUCUGGGGCGUCCGGGGAGAGCAUCGCGACGCUCUGGGGCGUCCGGGGAGAGCAUCGCGACGCUCUGGGGCGUCCGGGAGAGCAUCGCGACGCUCUGGGGCGUCCGGGGAGAGCAUCGCGACGCUCUGGGGCGUCCGGGGAGAGCAUCGCGACGCUCUGGGGCGUCCGGGGAGAGCAUCGCGACGCUCUGGGGCGUCCGGGGAGCAUCGCGACGCUCUGGGGCGUCCGGGGAGAGCAUCGCGACGCUCUGGGGCGUCCGGGGAGAGCAUCGCGACGCUCUGGGGCGUCCGGGGAGAGCAUCGCGACGCUCUGGGGCGUCCGGGGAGAGCAUCGCGACGCUCUGGGUCGGCUGGGGAGAGCAUCGCGACGCUCUGGGGCGUCCGGGAGAGCAUCGCGACGCUCUGGGGCGUCCGGGGAGAGCAUCGCGACGCUCUGGGGCGUCCGGGAGAGCAUCGCGACGCUCUGGGGCGUCCGGGGAGAGCAUCGCGACGCUCUGGGGCGUCCGGGGAGAGCAUCGCGACGCUCUGGGGCGUCCGGGGAGAGCAUCGCGACGCUCUGGGGCGUCCGGGGAGAGCAUCGCGACGCUCUGGGGCGUCCGGGGAGAGCAUCGCGACGCUCUGGGGCGUCCGGGGAGAGCAUCGCGACGCUCUGGGGCGUCCGGGGAGAGCAUCGCGACGCUCUGGGGGGCGUCCGGGGAGAGCAUCGCGACGCUCUGGGGCGUCCGGGGAGAGCAUCGCGACGCUCUGGGGCGUCCGGGGAGAGCAUCGCGACGCUCUGGGGCGUCGGGGAGAGCAUCGCGACGCUCUGGGGCGUCCGGGAGAGCAUCGCGACGCUCUGGGGCGUCCGGGGAGAGCAUCGCGACGCUCUGGGGCGUCCGGGAGAGCAUCGCGACGCUCUGGGGCGUCCGGGGAGAGCAUCGCGACGCUCUGGGGCGUCCGGGGAGAGCAUCGCGACGCUCUGGGGCGUCCGGGGAGAGCAUCGCGACGCUCUGGGGCGUCCGGGGAGAGCAUCGCGACGCUCUGGGGCGUCCGGGGAGAGCAUCGCGACGCUCUGGGGGGCGUCCGGGAGAGCAUCGCGACGCUCUGGGCGUCCGGGGAGAGCAUCGCGACGCUCUGGGGCGUCCGGGGAGAGCAUCGCGACGCUCUGGGGCGUCCGGGGAGAGCAUCGCGACGCUCUGGGGCGUCCGGGGAGAGCAUCGCGACGCUCUGGGGCGUCCGGGAGAGCAUCGCGACGCUCUGGGGCGUCCGGGGAGAGCAUCGCGACGCUCUGGGGCGUCCGGGGAGAGCAUCGCGACGCUCUGGGGCGUCCGGGGAGAGCAUCGCGACGCUCUGGGGCGUCCGGGGAGAGCAUCGCGACGCUCUGGGGCGUCCGGGAGAGCAUCGCGACGCUCUGGGGCGUCCUGGGAGAGCAUCGCGACGCUCUGGGGCGUCCGGGGAGAGCAUCGCGACGCUCUGGGGCGUCCGGGGAGAGCAUCGCGACGCUCUGGGGCGUCCGGGAGAGCAUCGCGACGCUCUGGGGCGUCCGGGAGAGCAUCGCGACGCUCUGGGGCGUCGGGGAGAGCAUCGCGACGCUCUGGGGGCGUCCGGGGAGAGCAUCGCGACGCUCUGGGGCGUCCGGGGAGAGCAUCGCGACGCUCUGGGGCGUCCGGGGAGAGCAUCGCGACGCUCUGGGGGUCGUCCGGGAGAGCAUCGCGACGCUCUGGGGCGUCCGGGUAGAGCAUCGCGACGCUCUGGGGCGUCGGGGAGAGCAUCGCGACGCUCUGGGGCGUCCGGGGAGAGCAUCGCGACGCUCUGGGGCGUCCGGGAGAGCAUCGCGACGCUCUGGGGCGUCCGGGGAGAGCAUCGCGACGCUCUGGGGCGUCCGGGGAGAGCAUCGCGACGCUCUGGGGCGUCCGGGGAGAGCAUCGCGACGCUCUGGGGCGUCCGGGGAGAGCAUCGCGACGCUCUGGGGCGUCCGGGGAGAGCAUCGCGACGCUCUGGGGCGUCCGGGAGAGCAUCGCGACGCUCUGGGGCGUCGGGGAGAGCAUCGCGACGCUCUGGGGCGUCCGGGGAGAGCAUCGCGACGCUCUGGGGCGUCCGGGGAGAGCAUCGCGACGCUCUGGGGCGUCCGGGAGAGCAUCGCGACGCUCUGGGGCGUCGGGGAGAGCAUCGCGACGCUCUGGGCGUCCGGGGAGAGCAUCGCGACGCUCUGGGGCGUCCGGGGAGAGCAUCGCGACGCUCUGGGGCGUCCGGGGAGAGCAUCGCGACGCUCUGGGGCGUCCGGGGAGAGCAUCGCGACGCUCUGGGGCGUCCGGGGAGAGCAUCGCGACGCUCUGGGGCGUCCGGGGAGAGCAUCGCGACGCUCUGGGGGGUCGUCGGGGAGAGCAUCGCGACGCUCUGGGGCGUCCGGGGAGAGCAUCGCGACGCUCUGGGGCGUCCGGGGAGAGCAUCGCGACGCUCUGGGGCGUCCGGGGAGAGCAUCGCGACGCUCUGGGGCGUCCGGGGAGAGCAUCGCGACGCUCUGGGCGUCCGGGGAGAGCAUCGCGACGCUCUGGGGCGUCCGGGGAGAGCAUCGCGACGCUCUGGGGCGUCCGGGGAGAGCAUCGCGACGCUCUGGGGCGUCCGGGGAGAGCAUCGCGACGCUCUGGGGCGUCCGGGGAGAGCAUCGCGACGCUCUGGGGCGUCCGGGGAGAGCAUCGCGACGCUCUGGGGCGUCCGGGGAGAGCAUCGCGACGCUCUGGGGCGUCCGGGGAGAGCAUCGCGACGCUCUGGGGCGUCCGGGGAGAGCAUCGCGACGCUCUGGGGCGUCCGGGGAGAGCAUCGCGACGCUCUGGGGCGUCCGGGGAGAGCAUCGCGACGCUCUGGGGCGUCCGGGGAAGAGCAUCGCGACGCUCUGGGGCGUCCGGGGAGAGCAUCGCGACGCUCUGGGGCGUCCGGGGAGAGCAUCGCGACGCUCUGGGGCGUCCGGGGAGAGCAUCGCGACGCUCUGGGGCGUCCGGGAGAGCAUCGCGACGCUCUGGGGCGUCCGGGGAGAGCAUCGCGACGCUCUGGGGCGUCCGGGGAGAGCAUCGCGACGCUCUGGGGCGUCCGGGGAGAGCAUCGCGACGCUCUGGGGCGUCCGGGGAGAGCAUCGCGACGCUCUGGGGCGUCCGGGGAGAGCAUCGCGACGCUCUGGGGCGUCCGGGGAGAGCAUCGCGACGCUCUGGGGCGUCCGGGAGAGCAUCGCGACGCUCUGGGGCGUCCGGGGAGAGCAUCGCGACGCUCUGGGGCGUCCGGGAGAGCAUCGCGACGCUCUGGGGCGCGUCCGGGGAGAGCAUCGCGACGCUCUGGGGCGUCCGGGGAGAGCAUCGCGACGCUCUGGGGCGUCCGGGGAGAGCAUCGCGACGCUCUGGGGCGUCCGGGGAGAGCAUCGCGACGCUCUGGGGCGUCCGGGGAGAGCAUCGCGACGCUCUGGGGCGUCCGGGAGAGCAUCGCGACGCUCUGGGGCGUCCGGGGAGAGCAUCGCGACGCUCUGGGGCGUCCGGGGAGAGCAUCGCGACGCUCUGGGGCGUCCGGGGAGAGCAUCGCGACGCUCUGGGGCGUCCGGGGAGAGCAUCGCGACGCUCUGGGGCGUCCGGGGAGAGCAUCGCGACGCUCUGGGGCGUCCGGGGAGAGCAUCGCGACGCUCUGGGGCGUCCGGGGAGAGCAUCGCGACGCUCUGGGGCGUCCGGGGAGAGCAUCGCGACGCUCUGGGGCGUCCGGGGAGAGCAUCGCGACGCUCUGGGGCGUCCGGAGAGCAUCGCGACGCUCUGGGGCGUCCGGGGAGAGCAUCGCGACGCUCUGGGGCGUCCGGGGAGAGCAUCGCGACGCUCUGGGGCGUCCGGGGAGAGCAUCGCGACGCUCUGGGGCGUCCGGGGGAGCAUCGCGACGCUCUGGGGCGUCCGGAGAGAGCAUCGCGACCUCUCUGGGGCGUCCGGGGAGAGCAUCGCGACGCUCUGGGGCGUCCGGGGAGAGCAUCGCGACGCUCUGGGGCGUCCGGGGAGAGCAUCGCAACGCUCUGGGGCGUCCGGGGAGAGCAUCGCGACGCUCUGGGGCGUCCGGGGAGAGCAUCGCGACGCUCUGGGGCGUCCGGGAGAGCAUCGCGACGCUCUGGGGCGUCCGGGGAGAGCAUCGCGACGCUCUGGGGCGUCCGGGGAGAGCAUCGCGACGCUCUGGGGCGUCCGGGGAGAGCAUCGCGACGCUCUGGGGCGUCCGGGGAGAGCAUCGCGACGCUCUGGGGCGUCCGGGGAGAGCAUCGCGACGCUCUGGGGCGUCCGGGGAGAGCAUCGCGACGCUCUGGGGCGUCCGGGGAGAGCAUCGCGACGCUCUGGGGCGUCCGGGGAGAGCAUCGCGACGCUCUGGGGCGUCCGGGGAGAGCAUCGCGACGCUCUGGGGCGUCCGGGGAGAGCAUCGCGACGCUCUGGGGGCGUCCGGGGAGAGCAUCGCGACGCUCUGGGGCGUCCGGGGAGAGCAUCGCGACGCUCUGGGGCGUCCGGGGAGAGCAUCGCGACGCUCUGGGGCGUCCGGGAGAGCAUCGCGACGCUCUGGGGCGUCCGGGGAGAGCAUCGCGACGCUCUGGGGGGGCCGGGGAGAGCAUCGCGACGCUCUGGGGCGUCGGUUGCGGAGCGAGAUGCGCGGGGGGGGAGUCCGGGAGAGCAUCGCGCCCUGGGGCGUCCGGGGAGAGCAUCGCGACGCUCUGGGGCGUCCGGGGAGAGCAUCGCGACGCUCUGGGGCGUCCGGGAGAGCAUCGCGACGCUCUGGGGCGUCCGGGGAGAGCAUCGCGACGCUCUGGGGCGUCCGGGGAGAGCAUCGCGACGCUCUGGGGUGGGGCGUCCGGGGAGAGCAUCGCGACGCUCUGGGGCGUCCGGGGAGAGCAUCGCGACGCUCUGGGGCGUCCGGGGAGAGCAUCGCGACGCUCUGGGGCGUCCGGGGAGAGCAUCGCGACGCUCUGGGGCGUCCGGGGAGAGCAUCGCGACGCUCUGGGGCGUCCGGGGAGAGCAUCGCGACGCUCUGGGCGUCCGGAGAGCAUCGCGACGCUCUGGGGCGUCCGGGGGAGCAUCGCGACGCUCUGGGGCGUCCGGGGAGAGCAUCGCGACGCUCUGGGCGGGGCGUCCGGGAGAGCAUCGCGCGCUCUGGGGCGUCCGGGGAGAGCAUCGCGACGCUCUGGGGCGUCCGGGGAGAGCAUCGCGACGCUCUGGGGCGUCCGGGGAGAGCAUCGCGACGCUCUGGGGCGUCCGGGAGAGCAUCGCGACGCUCUGGGGCGUCCGGGGAGAGCAUCGCGACGCUCUGGGGCGUCCGGGGAGAGCAUCGCGACGCUCUGGGGCGUCCGGGGAGAGCAUCGCGACGCUCUGGGGCGUCCGGGGAGAGCAUCGCGACGCUCUGGGGCGUCCGGGGAGAGCAUCGCGACGCUCUGGGGCGUCCGGGGAGAGCAUCGCGACGCUCUGGGGCGUCCGGGGAGAGCAUCGCGACGCUCUGGGGCGUCCGGGGAGAGCAUCGCGACGCUCUGGGCGUCCGGGGAGAGCAUCGCGACGCUCUGGGGCGUCCGGGGAGAGCAUCGCGACGCUCUGGGGCGUCCGGGAGAGCAUCGCGACGCUCUGGGGCGUCCGGGGAGAGCAUCGCGACGCUCUGGGGCGUCCGGGAGAGCAUCGCGACGCUCUGGGGCGUCCGGGGAGAGCAUCGCGACGCUCUGGGGCGUCCGGGGAGAGCAUCGCGACGCUCUGGGGCGUCCGGGAGAGCAUCGCGACGCUCUGGGGCGUCCGGGGAGAGCAUCGCGACGCUCUGGGGCGUCCGGGGAGAGCAUCGCGACGCUCUGGGGCGUCCGGGAGAGCAUCGCGACGCUCUGGGGCGUCCGGGAGAGCAUCGCGACGCUCUGGGGCGUCCGGGGAGAGCAUCGCGACGCUCUGGGGCGUCCGGGGAGAGCAUCGCGACGCUCUGGGGCGUCCGGGGAGAGCAUCGCGACGCUCUGGGGCGUCCGGGGAGAGCAUCGCGACGCUCUGGGGCGUCCGGGAGAGCAUCGCGACGCUCUGGGGCGUCCGGGAGAGCAUCGCGACGCUCUGGGGCGUCCGGGGAGAGCAUCGCGACGCUCUGGGGCGUCCGGGAGAGCAUCGCGACGCUCUGGGGCGUCCGGGGAGAGCAUCGCGACGCUCUGGGGCGUCCGGGGAGAGCAUCGCGACGCUCUGGGGCGUCCGGGGAGAGCAUCGCGACGCUCUGGGGCGUCCGGGAGAGCAUCGCGACGCUCUGGGGCGUCCGGGGAGAGCAUCGCGACGCUCUGGGGCGUCCGGGAGGAGCAUCGCGACGCUCUGGGGCGUCCGGGGAGAGCAUCGCGACGCUCUGGGGCGUCCGGGAGAGCAUCGCGACGCUCUGGGGCGUCCGGGAGAGCAUCGCGACGCUCUGGGGCGUCCGGGGAGAGCAUCGCGACGCUCUGGGGCGUCCGGGGAGAGCAUCGCGACGCUCUGGGGCGUCCGGGGAGAGCAUCGCGACGCUCUGGGGCGUCCGGGGAGAGCAUCGCGACGCUCUGGGGCGUCCGGGGAGAGCAUCGCGACGCUCUGGGGCGUCCGGGGAGAGCAUCGCGACGCUCUGGGGCGCCGGGGGAGAGCAUCGCGACGCUCUGGGGGGCCGGGGAGAGCAUCGCGACGCUCUGGGGCGUCCGGGAGAGCAUCGCGACGCUCUGGGGCGUCCGGGGAGAGCAUCGCGACGCUCUGGGGCGUCCGGGGAGAGCAUCGCGACGCUCUGGGGCGUCCGGGAGAGCAUCGCGACGCUCUGGGGCGUCCGGGGAGAGCAUCGCGACGCUCUGGGGCGUCCGGGGAGAGCAUCGCGACGCUCUGGGGCGUCCGGGGAGAGCAUCGCGACGCUCUGGGGCGUCCGGGGAGCAUCGCGACGCUCUGGGGCGUCCGGGGAGAGCAUCGCGACGCUCUGGGGCGUCCGGGGAGAGCAUCGCGACGCUCUGGGGCGUCCGGGGAGAGCAUCGCGACGCUCUGGGGCGUCCGGGGAGAGCAUCGCGACGCUCUGGGCGUCCGGGGAGAGCAUCGCGACGCUCUGGGGCGUCCGGGGAGAGCAUCGCGACGCUCUGGGGCGUCCGGGGAGAGCAUCGCGACGCUCUGGGGCGUCCGGGGAGAGCAUCGCGACGCUCUGGGGCGUCCGGGGAGAGCAUCGCGACGCUCUGGGGCGUCCGGGAGAGCAUCGCGACGCUCUGGGGCGUCCGGGGAGAGCAUCGCGACGCUCUGGGGCGUCCGGGGAGAGCAUCGCGACGCUCUGGGGCGUCCGGGAGAGCAUCGCGACGCUCUGGGGCGUCCGGGGAGAGCAUCGCGACGCUCUGGGGCGUCCGGGGAGAGCAUCGCGACGCUCUGGGGCGUCCGGGGAGAGCAUCGCGACGCUCUGGGGCGUCCGGGAGAGCAUCGCGACGCUCUGGGGCGUCCGGGGAGAGCAUCGCGACGCUCUGGGGCGUCCGGGGAGAGCAUCGCGACGCUCUGGGGCGUCCGGGGAGAGCAUCGCGACGCUCUGGGGCGUCCGGGGAGAGCAUCGCGACGCUCUGGGGCGUCCGGGGAGAGCAUCGCGACGCUCUGGGGCGUCCGGGGAGAGCAUCGCGACGCUCUGGGGCGUCCGGGGAGAGCAUCGCGACGCUCUGGGGCGUCCGGGGAGAGCAUCGCGACGCUCUGGGGCGUCCGGGGAGAGCAUCGCGACGCUCUGGGGCGUCCGGGGAGAGCAUCGCGACGCUCUGGGGCGUCCGGGGAGAGCAUCGCGACGCUCUGGGGCGUCCGGGGAGAGCAUCGCGACGCUCUGGGGCGUCCGGGGAGAGCAUCGCGACGCUCUGGGCGUCCGGGGAGAGCAUCGCGACGCUCUGGGGCGUCCGGGGAGAGCAUCGCGACGCUCUGGGGCGUCCGGGGAGAGCAUCGCGACGCUCUGGGGCGUCCGGGAGAGCAUCGCGACGCUCUGGGGCGUCCGGGGAGAGCAUCGCGACGCUCUGGGGCGUCCGGGGAGAGCAUCGCGACGCUCUGGGGCGUCCGGGGAGAGCAUCGCGACGCUCUGGGGCGUCCGGGGAGAGCAUCGCGACGCUCUGGGGCGUCCGGGGAGAGCAUCGCGACGCUCUGGGGCGUCCGGGGAGAGCAUCGCGACGCUCUGGGGCGUCCGGGGAGAGCAUCGCGACGCUCUGGGGCGUCCGGGGAGAGCAUCGCGACGCUCUGGGGCGUCCGGGAGAGCAUCGCGACGCUCUGGGGCGUCCGGGAGCAUCGCGACGCUCUGGGGCGUCCGGGGAGAGCAUCGCGACGCUCUGGGGCGUCCGGGGAGAGCAUCGCGACGCUCUGGGGCGUCCGGGGAGCAUCGCGACGCUCUGGGGCGUCCGGGGAGAGCAUCGCGAUGCUCUGGGGCGUCCGGGGAGAGCAUCGCGACGCUCUGGGGGCGUCCGGGAGAGCAUCGCGACGCUCUGGGGCGUCCGGGGAGAGCAUCGCGACGCUCUGGGGCGUCCGGGGAGAGCAUCGCGACGCUCUGGGGCGUCCGGGGAGAGCAUCGCGAUGCUCUGGGGCGUCCGGGGAGAGCAUCGCGACGCUCUGGGGCGUCCGGGAGAGCAUCGCGACGCUCUGGGGCGUCCGGGGAGAGCAUCGCGACGCUCUGGGGCGUCCGGGAGAGCAUCGCGACGCUCUGGGGCGUCCGGGGAGAGCAUCGCGACGCUCUGGGGCGUCCGGGGAGAGCAUCGCGACGCUCUGGGGCGUCCGGGGAGAGCAUCGCGACGCUCUGGGGCGUCCGGGGAGAGCAUCGCGACGCUCUGGGGCGUCCGGGAGAGCAUCGCGACGCUCUGGGGCGUUGGGGAGAGCAUCGCGACGCUCUGGGGCGUCCGGGGAGAGCAUCGCGACGCUCUGGGGCGUCCGGGGAGAGCAUCGCGACGCUCUGGGGCGUCCGGGGAGAGCAUCGCGACGCUCUGGGGCGUCCGGGGAGAGCAUCGCGACGCUCUGGGGCGUCCGGGAGAGCAUCGCGACGCUCUGGGGCGUCCGGGGAGAGCAUCGCGACGCUCUGGGGCGUCCGGGGAGAGCAUCGCGACGCUCUGGGGCGUCCGGGGAGAGCAUCGCGACGCUCUGGGGCGUCCGGGGAGAGCAUCGCGACGCUCUGGGGCGUCCGGGGAGAGCAUCGCGACGCUCUGGGGCGUCCGGGAGAGCAUCGCGACGCUCUGGGGCGUCCGGGGAGAGCAUCGCGACGCUCUGGGGCGUCCGGGAGAGCAUCGCGACGCUCUGGGGCGUCCGGGAGAGCAUCGCGACGCUCUGGGGCGUCCGGGGAGAGCAUCGCGACGCUCUGGGGCGUCCGGGGAGAGCAUCGCGACGCUCUGGGGCGUCCGGGGAGAGCAUCGCGACGCUCUGGGGCGUCCGGGAGAGCAUCGCGACGCUCUGGGGCGUCCGGGGAGAGCAUCGCGACGCUCUGGGGCGUCCGGGGAGAGCAUCGCGACGCUCUGGGGCGUCCGGGAGAGCAUCGCGACGCUCUGGGGCGUCCGGGGAGAGCAUCGCGACGCUCUGGGGCGUCUGGGGAGAGCAUCGCGACGCUCUGGGGCGUCCGGGGAGAGCAUCGCGACGCUCUGGGGCGUCCGGGAGAGCAUCGCGACGCUCUGGGGCGUCCGGGGAGAGCAUCGCGACGCUCUGGGGCGUCCGGGAGAGCAUCGCGACGCUCUGGGGCGUCCGGGAGAGCAUCGCGACGCUCUGGGGCGUCCGGGAGAGCAUCGCGACGCUCUGGGGCGUCCGGGAGAGCAUCGCGACGCUCUGGGGCGUCCGGGGAGAGCAUCGCGACGCUCUGGGGCGUCCGGGGAGAGCAUCGCGACGCUCUGGGGCGUCCGGGGAGAGCAUCGCGACGCUCUGGGGCGUCCGGGGAGAGCAUCGGGGGGGAGGGGCGACGCUCUGGGGCGUCCGGGGAGAGCAUCGCGACGCUCUGGGGCGUCCGGGAGAGCAUCGCGACGCUCUGGGGCGUCCGGGGAGAGCAUCGCGACGCUCUGGGGCGUCCGGGGAGAGCAUCGCGACGCUCUGGGGCGUCCGGGGAGAGCAUCGCGACGCUCUGGGGCGUCCGGGGAGAGCAUCGCGACGCUCUGGGGCGUCCGGGGAGAGCAUCGCGGGGGGGGGGGGGCGACGCUCUGGGGCGUCCGGGGAGAGCAUCGCGACGCUCUGGGGCGUCCGGGAGAGCAUCGCGACGCUCUGGGGCGUCCGGGGAGAGCAUCGCGACGCUCUGGGGCGUCCGGGGAGAGCAUCGCGACGCUCUGGGGCGUCCGGGAGAGCAUCGCGACGCUCUGGGGCGUCCGGGGAGAGCAUCGCGACGCUCUGGGGCGUCCGGGAGAGCAUCGCGACGCUCUGGGGCGUCCGGGGAGAGCAUCGCGACGCUCUGGGGCGUCCGGGGAGAGCAUCGCGACGCUCUGGGGCGUCCGGGGGAGAGCAUCGCGACGCUCUGGGGCGUCCGGGGAGAGCAUCGCGACGCUCUGGGGCGUCCGGGAGAGCAUCGCGACGCUCUGGGGCGUCCGGGAGAGCAUCGCGACGCUCUGGGGCGUCCGGGGAGAGCAUCGCGACGCUCUGGGGCGUCCGGGGAGAGCAUCGCGACGCUCUGGGGCGUCGGGGAGAGCAUCGCGACGCUCUGGGGCGUCCGGGGAGAGCAUCGCGACGCUCUGGGGCGUCCGGGGAGAGCAUCGCGACGCUCUGGGGCGUCCGGGGAGAGCAUCGCGACGCUCUGGGGCGUCCGGGAGAGCAUCGCGACGCUCUGGGGCGUCCGGGGAGAGCAUCGCGACGCUCUGGGGCGUCCGGGGAGAGCAUCGCGACGCUCUGGGGCGUCCGGGGAGAGCAUCGCGACGCUCUGGGGCGUCCGGGGAGAGCAUCGCGACGCUCUGGGGCGUCCGGGAGAGCAUCGCGACGCUCUGGGGCGUCCGGGGAGAGCAUCGCGACGCUCUGGGGCGUCCGGGGAGAGCAUCGCGACGCUCUGGGGCGUCCGGGGAGAGCAUCGCGACGCUCUGGGGCGUCCGGGGAGAGCAUCGCGACGCUCUGGGGCGUCCGGGGAGAGCAUCGCGACGCUCUGGGGCGUCCGGGGAGAGCAUCGCGACGCUCUGGGGCGUCCGGGGAGAGCAUCGCGACGCUCUGGGGCGUCCGGGGAGAGCAUCGCGACGCUCUGGGGCGUCCGGGGAGAGCAUCGCGACGCUCUGGGGCGUCCGGGGAGAGCAUCGCGACGCUCUGGGGCGUCCGGGGAGAGCAUCGCGACGCUCUGGGGCGUCCGGGGAGAGCAUCGCGACGCUCUGGGGCGUCCGGGGAGAGCAUCGCGACGCUCUGGGGCGUCCGGGGAGAGCAUCGCGACGCUCUGGGGCGUCCGGGAGAGCAUCGCGACGCUCUGGGGCGUCCGGGGAGAGCAUCGCGACGCUCUGGGGCGUCCGGGGAGAGCAUCGCGACGCUCUGGGGCGUCCGGGGAGAGCAUCGCGACGCUCUGGGGCGUCGGGAAGAGCAUCGCGACGCUCUGGGGCGUCCGGGGAGAGCAUCGCGACGCUCUGGGGCGUCCGGGGAGAGCAUCGCGACGCUCUGGGGCGUCCGGGAGAGCAUCGCGACGCUCUGGGGCGUCCGGGAGAGCAUCGCGACGCUCUGGGGCGUCCGGGGAGAGCAUCGCGACGCUCUGGGGCGUCCGGGGAGAGCAUCGCGACGCUCUGGGGCGUCCGGGGAGAGCAUCGCGACGCUCUGGGGCGUCCGGGGAGAGCAUCGCGACGCUCUGGGGCGUCCGGGGAGAGCAUCGCGACGCUCUGGGGCGUCCGGGAGAGCAUCGCGACGCUCUGGGGCGUCCGGGGAGAGCAUCGCGACGCUCUGGGGCGUCCGGGGAGAGCAUCGCGACGCUCUGGGGCGUCGGGGAGAGCAUCGCGACGCUCUGGGGCGUCCGGGGAGAGCAUCGCGACGCUCUGGGGCGUCCGGGAGAGCAUCGCGACGCUCUGGGGCGUCCGGGAGAGCAUCGCGACGCUCUGGGGCGUCCGGGGAGAGCAUCGCGACGCUCUGGGGCGUCCGGGGAGAGCAUCGCGACGCUCUGGGGCGUCCGGGGAGAGCAUCGCGACGCUCUGGGGCGUCCGGGAGAGCAUCGCGACGCUCUGGGGCGUCCGGGGAGAGCAUCGCGACGCUCUGGGGCGUCCGGGGAGAGCAUCGCGACGCUCUGGGGCGUCCGGGGAGAGCAUCGCGACGCUCUGGGGCGUCCGGGGAGAGCAUCGCGACGCUCUGGGGCGUCCGGGGAGAGCAUCGCGACGCUCUGGGGCGUCCGGGAGAGAGCAUCGCGACGCUCUGGGGCGUCCGGGGAGAGCAUCGCGACGCUCUGGGGCGUCCGGGGAGAGCAUCGCGACGCUCUGGGGCGUCGGGGAGAGCAUCGCGACGCUCUCCUGACGGCUCCGGGGGAGAGCAUCGCGCGACGCUCUGGGGCGUCCGGGGAGAGCAUCGCGACGCUCUGGGGCGUCCGGGGAGAGCAUCGCGACGCUCUGGGGCGUCCGGGGAGAGCAUCGCGACGCUCUGGGGCGUCCGGGGAGAGCAUCGCGACGCUCUGGGGCGUCCGGGGAGAGCAUCGCGACGCUCUGGGGCGUCCGGGGAGAGCAUCGCGACGCUCUGGGGCGUCCGGGAGAGCAUCGCGACGCUCUGGGGCGUCCGGGGAGAGCAUCGCGACGCUCUGGGGCGUCCGGGAGAGCAUCGCGACGCUCUGGGGCGUCCGGGGAGAGCAUCGCGACGCUCUGGGGCGUCCGGGAGAGCAUCGCGACGCUCUGGGGCGUCCGGGGAGAGCAUCGCGACGCUCUGGGGCGUCCGGGGAGCAUCGCGACGCUCUGGGGCGUCCGGGGAGAGCAUCGCGACGCUCUGGGGCGUCCGGGAGAGCAUCGCGACGCUCUGGGGCGUCCGGGGAGAGCAUCGCGACGCUCUGGGGGGCGUCCGGGAGAGCAUCGCGACGCUCUGGGGCGUCCGGGGAGAGCAUCGCGACGCUCUGGGGCGUCCGGGGAGAGCAUCGCGACGCUCUGGGGCGUCCGGGGAGAGCAUCGCGACGCUCUGGGGCGUCCGGGGAGAGCAUCGCGACGCUCUGGGGCGUCCGGGGAGAGCAUCGCGACGCUCUGGGGCGUCCGGGAGAGCAUCGCGACGCUCUGGGGCGUCCGGGGAGAGCAUCGCGACGCUCUGGGGCGUCCGGGGAGAGCAUCGCGACGCUCUGGGGCGUCCGGGGAGAGCAUCGCGACGCUCUGGGGCGUCCGGGGAGAGCAUCGCGACGCUCUGGGGCGUCCGGGGAGAGCAUCGCGACGCUCUGGGGCGUCCGGGGAGAGCAUCGCGACGCUCUGGGGCGUCCGGGGAGAGCAUCGCGACGCUCUGGGGCGUCCGGGGGAGAGCAUCGCGACGCUCUGGGGCGUCCGGGGAGAGCAUCGCGACGCUCUGGGGCGUCCGGGGAGAGCAUCGCGACGCUCUGGGGCGUCCGGGGAGAGCAUCGCGACGCUCUGGGGCGUCCGGGGAGAGCAUCGCGACGCUCUGGGGCGUCCGGGGAGAGCAUCGCGACGCUCUGGGGCGUCCGGGAGAGCAUCGCGACGCUCUGGGGCGUCCGGGAGAGCAUCGCGACGCUCUGGGGCGUCCGGGAGAGCAUCGCGACGCUCUGGGGCGUCCGGGAGAGCAUCGCGACGCUCUGGGGCGUCCGGGGAGAGCAUCGCGACGCUCUGGGGCGUCCGGGGAGGGAGGGGGGGGGGGAGAGCAUCGCGACGCUCUGGGGCGUCCGGGGAGAGCAUCGCGACGCUCUGGGGCGUCCGGGGAGAGCAUCGCGACGCUCUGGGGCGUCCGGGGAGAGCAUCGCGACGCUCUGGGGCGUCGGGGAGAGCAUCGCGACGCUCUGGGGCGUCCGGGGAGAGCAUCGCGACGCUCUGGGGCGUCCGGGAGAGCAUCGCGACGCUCUGGGGCGUCCGGGGAGAGCAUCGCGACGCUCUGGGGCGUCCGGGGAGAGCAUCGCGACGCUCUGGGGCGUCCGGGGAGAGCAUCGCGACGCUCUGGGGCGUCCGGGGAGAGCAUCGCGACGCUCUGGGGCGUCCGGGGAGAGCAUCGCGACGCUCUGGGGCGUCCGGGGAGAGCAUCGCGACGCUCUGGGGCGUCCGGGGAGAGCAUCGCGACGCUCUGGGCGUCCGGGGAGAGCAUCGCGACGCUCUGGGGCGUCCGGGGAGAGCAUCGCGACGCUCUGGGGCGUCCGGGGAGAGCAUCGCGACGCUCUGGGGCGUCCGGGGAGAGCAUCGCGACGCUCUGGGGCGUCCGGGAGAGCAUCGCGACGCUCUGGGGCGUCCGGGGAGAGCAUCGCGACGCUCUGGGGCGUCCGGGAGAGCAUCGCGACGCUCUGGGGCGUCCGGGGAGAGCAUCGCGACGCUCUGGGGCGUCCGGGGAGAGCAUCGCGACGCUCUGGGGCGUCCGGGGAGAGCAUCGCGACGCUCUGGGGCGUCCGGGAGAGCAUCGCGACGCUCUGGGGCGUCCGGGGAGAGCAUCGCGACGCUCUGGGGCGUCCGGGGAGAGCAUCGCGACGCUCUGGGGGCGGGCGUCCAGGCAUGGAGAGCAUCGCGGGCUCCGGGGCCCGCAGCGCGACGCUCUGGGGCGUCCGGGGAGAGCAUGCGAGAGAGUCGACGCUCUUGGGCGUCCGGGGAGAGCAUCGCGACGCUCUGGGGCGUCCGGGGAGAGCAUCGCGACGCUCUGGGGCGUCCGGGGAGAGCAUCGCGACGCUCUGGGGCGUCCGGGGAGAGCAUCGCGACGCUCUGGGGCGUCCGGGGAGAGCAUCGCGACGCUCUGGGGCGUCCGGGGAGAGCAUCGCGACGCUCUGGGGCGUCCGGGAGAGCAUCGCGACGCUCUGGGGCGUCCGGGGAGAGCAUCGCGACGCUCUGGGGCGUCCGGGGAGAGCAUCGCGACGCUCUUGGGCGUCCGGGGAGAGCAUCGCGACGCUCUGGGGCGUCCGGGGAGAGCAUCGCGACGCUCUGGGGCGUCCGGGAGAGCAUCGCGACGCUCUGGGCGUCCGGGGAGAGCAUCGCGACGCUCUGGGGCGUCCGGGGAGAGCAUCGCGACGCUCUGGGGCGUCCGGGGAGAGCAUCGCGACGCUCUGGGGCGUCCGGGAGAGCAUCGCGACGCUCUGGGGCGUCCGGGGAGAGCAUCGCGACGCUCUGGGGCGUCCGGGGAGAGCAUCGCGACGCUCUGGGCGUCGGGGAGAGCAUCGCGACGCUCUGGGGCGUCCGGGGAGAGCAUCGCGACGCUCUGGGGCGUCCGGGGAGAGCAUCGCGACGCUCUGGGGCGUCGGGGAGAGCAUCGCGACGCUCUGGGGCGUCCGGGGAGAGCAUCGCGACGCUCUGGGGCGUCCGGGGAGAGCAUCGCGACGCUCUGGGGCGUCCGGGGAGAGCAUCGCGACGCUCUGGGGCGUCCGGGAGAGCAUCGCGACGCUCUGGGGCGUCCGGGGAGAGCAUCGCGACGCUCUGGGGCGUCCGGGGAGAGCAUCGCGACGCUCUGGGGCGUCCGGGGAGAGCAUCGCGACGCUCUGGGGCGUCCGGGGAGAGCAUCGCGACGCUCUGGGGCGUCCGGGGAGAGCAUCGCGACGCUCUGGGGCGUCCGGGGAGAGCAUCGCGACGCUCUGGGGCGUCGGGGAGAGCAUCGCGACGCUCUGGGGCGUCCGGGGAGAGCAUCGCGACGCUCUGGGGCGUCCGGGGAGAGCAUCGCGACGCUCUGGGGCGUCCGGGAGAGCAUCGCGACGCUCUGGGGCGUCCGGGGAGAGCAUCGCGACGCUCUGGGGCGUCCGGGAGAGCAUCGCGACGCUCUGGGGCGUCCGGGGAGAGCAUCGCGACGCUCUGGGGCGUCCGGGAGAGCAUCGCGACGCUCUGGGGCGUCCGGGAGAGCAUCGCGACGCUCUGGGGCGUCCGGGGAGAGCAUCGCGACGCUCUGGGGCGUCCGGGGAGAGCAUCGCGACGCUCUGGGGCGUCCGGGGAGAGCAUCGCGACGCUCUGGGGCGUCCGGAGAGCAUCGCGACGCUCUGGGGCGUCCGGGGAGAGCAUCGCGACGCUCUGGGGCGUCCGGGGAGAGCAUCGCGACGCUCUGGGGCGUCCGGGGAGAGCAUCGCGACGCUCUGGGGCGUCCGGGGAGAGCAUCGCGACGCUCUGGGGCGUCCGGGAGAGCAUCGCGACGCUCUGGGGCGUCCGGGAGAGCAUCGCGACGCUCUGGGGCGUCGGGGAGAGCAUCGCGACGCUCUGGGGCGUCCGGGGAGAGCAUCGCGACGCUCUGGGGCGUCCGGGAGAGCAUCGCGACGCUCUGGGGCGUCCGGGGAGAGCAUCGCGACGCUCUGGGGCGUCCGGGAGAGCAUCGCGACGCUCUGGGGCGUCCGGGAGAGCAUCGCGACGCUCUGGGGCGUCCGGGGAGAGCAUCGCGACGCUCUGGGGCGUCCGGGGAGAGCAUCGCGACGCUCUGGGGCGUCCGGGGAGAGCAUCGCGACGCUCUGGGGCGUCCGGGAGAGCAUCGCGACGCUCUGGGGCGUCCGGGGAGAGCAUCGCGACGCUCUGGGGCGUCCGGGGAGAGCAUCGCGACGCUCUGGGGCGUCCGGGAGAGCAUCGCGACGCUCUGGGGCGUCCGGGGAGAGCAUCGCGACGCUCUGGGGCGUCCGGGAGAGCAUCGCGACGCUCUGGGGCGUCCGGGGAGAGCAUCGCGACGCUCUGGGGCGUCCGGGGAGAGCAUCGCGACGCUCUGGGGCGUCCGGGGAGAGCAUCGCGACGCUCUGGGGCGUCCGGGGAGAGCAUCGCGACGCUCUGGGGCGUCCGGGGAGAGCAUCGCGACGCUCUGGGGCGUCCGGGAGAGCAUCGCGACGCUCUGGGGCGUCCGGGGAGAGCAUCGCGACGCUCUGGGGCGUCCGGGAGAGCAUCGCGACGCUCUGGGGCGUCCGGGGAGAGCAUCGCGACGCUCUGGGGCGUCCGGGGAGAGCAUCGCGACGCUCUGGGGCGUCCGGGGAGCAUCGCGACGCUCUGGGGCGUCCGGGGAGAGCAUCGCGACGCUCUGGGGCGUCCGGGGAGAGCAUCGCGACGCUCUGGGGCGUCCGGGGAGAGCAUCGCGACGCUCUGGGGCGUCCGGGGAGAGCAUCGCGACGCUCUGGGGCGUCCGGGGAGAGCAUCGCGACGCUCUGGGGCGUCGGGGAGAGCAUCGCGACGCUCUGGGGCGUCCGGGGAGAGCAUCGCGACGCUCUGGGGCGUCCGGGAGAGCAUCGCGACGCUCUGGGGCGUCCGGGAGAGCAUCGCGACGCUCUGGGGCGUCCGGGGAGAGCAUCGCGACGCUCUGGGGCGUCCGGGGAGAGCAUCGCGACGCUCUGGGGCGUCCGGGAGAGCAUCGCGACGCUCUGGGGCGUCCGGGGAGAGCAUCGCGACGCUCUGGGGCGUCCGGGAGAGCAUCGCGACGCUCUGGGGCGUCCGGGGAGAGCAUCGCGACGCUCUGGGGCGUCCGGGGAGAGCAUCGCGACGCUCUGGGGCGUCCGGGGAGAGCAUCGCGACGCUCUGGGGCGUCCGGGAGAGCAUCGCGACGCUCUGGGGCGUCCGGGGAGAGCAUCGCGACGCUCUGGGGCGUCCGGGGAGAGAGCAUCGCGACGCUCUGGGGCGUCCGGGGAGAGCAUCGCGACGCUCUGGGGCGUCCGGGGAGAGCAUCGCGACGCUCUGGGGCGUCCGGGGAGAGCAUCGCGACGCUCUGGGGCGUCCGGGGAGAGCAUCGCGACGCUCUGGGGCGUCCGGGGAGAGCAUCGCGACGCUCUGGGGCGUCCGGGGAGAGCAUCGCGACGCUCUGGGGCGUCCGGGGAGAGCAUCGCGACGCUCUGGGGGCGUCCGGGAGAGCAUCGCGACGCUCUGGGGCGUCCGGGGAGAGCAUCGCGACGCUCUGGGGCGUCCGGGGAGAGCAUCGCGACGCUCUGGGGCGUCCGGGGAGAGCAUCGCGACGCUCUGGGGCGUCCGGAGAGCAUCGCGACGCUCUGGGGCGUCCGGGGAGAGCAUCGCGACGCUCUGGGGCGUCCGGGAGAGCAUCGCGACGCUCUGGGGCGUCCGGGGAGAGCAUCGCGACGCUCUGGGGCGUCCGGGGAGAGCAUCGCGACGCUCUGGGGCGUCCGGGGAGAGCAUCGCGACGCUCUGGGGCGUCGGGGGAGAGCAUCGCGACGCUCUGGGGCGUCCGGGGAGAGCAUCGCGACGCUCUGGGGCGUCCGGGGAGAGCAUCGCGACGCUCUGGGGCGUCCGGGGAGAGCAUCGCGACGCUCUGGGGCGUCCGGGGAGAGCAUCGCGACGCUCUGGGGCGUCCGGGGAGAGAGCAUCGCGACGCUCUGGGGCGUCCGGGAGAGCAUCGCGACGCUCUGGGGCGUCCGGGGAGAGCAUCGCGACGCUCUGGGGGCGUCCGGGGAGAGCAUCGCGACGCUCUGGGGCGUCCGGGGAGAGCAUCGCGACGCUCUGGGGCGUCCGGGGAGAGCAUCGCGACGCUCUGGGGCGUCCGGGGAGAGCAUCGCGACGCUCUGGGGCGUCCGGGAGAGCAUCGCGACGCUCUGGGGCGUCCGGGAGAGCAUCGCGACGCUCUGGGGCGUCCGGGGAGAGCAUCGCGACGCUCUGGGGCGUCCGGGGAGAGCAUCGCGACGCUCUGGGGCGUCCGGGGAGAGCAUCGCGACGCUCUGGGGCGUCCGGGGAGAGCAUCGCGACGCUCUGGGGCGUCCGGGGAGAGCAUCGCGACGCUCUGGGGCGUCCGGGGAGAGCAUCGCGACGCUCUGGGGCGUCCGGGAGAGCAUCGCGACGCUCUGGGGCCAUCGCGACGCUCUGGGGCGUCCGGGGAGAGCAUCGCGACGCUCUGGGGCGUCCGGGGAGAGCAUCGCGACGCUCUGGGGCGUCCGGGAGAGCAUCGCGACGCUCUGGGGCGUCCGGGAGAGCAUCGCGACGCUCUGGGGCGUCCGGGGAGAGCAUCGCGACGCUCUGGGGCGUCCGGGGAGAGCAUCGCGACGCUCUGGGGCGUCCGGGAGAGCAUCGCGACGCUCUGGGGCGUCCGGGGAGAGCAUCGCGACGCUCUGGGGCGUCCGGGGAGAGCAUCGCGACGCUCUGGGGCGUCCGGGAGAGCAUCGCGACGCUCUGGGGCGUCCGGGGAGAGCAUCGCGACGCUCUGGGGCGUCCGGGGAGAGCAUCGCGACGCUCUGGGGCGUCCGGGGAGAGCAUCGCGACGCUCUGGGGCGUCCGGGGAGAGCAUCGCGACGCUCUGGGGCGCCGGGAGAGCAUCGCGACGCUCUGGGGCGUCCGGGGAGAGCAUCGCGACGCUCUGGGGCGUCCGGGGAGAGCAUCGCGACGCUCUGGGGCGUCCGGGGAGAGCAUCGCGACGCUCUGGGGCGUCCGGGGAGAGCAUCGCGACGCUCUGGGGCGUCCGGGGAGAGCAUCGCGACGCUCUGGGGCGUCCGGGAGAGCAUCGCGACGCUCUGGGGCGUCCGGGAGAGCAUCGCGCUCUCUGGGGCGUCCGGGGAGAGCAUCGCGACGCUCUGGGGCGUCCGGGGAGAGCAUCGCGACGCUCUGGGGCGUCCGGGGAGAGCAUCGCGACGCUCUGGGGCGUCCGGGAGAGCAUCGCGACGCUCUGGGGCGUCCGGGGAGAGCAUCGCGACGCUCUGGGGCGUCGGGGAGAGCAUCGCGACGCUCUGGGGCGUCCGGGAGAGCAUCGCGACGCUCUGGGGCGUCCGGGAGAGCAUCGCGACGCUCUGGGGGGCCGGGGAGAGCAUCGCGACGCUCUGGGGCGUCCGGGAGAGCAUCGCGACGCUCUGGGGCGUCCGGGGAGAGCAUCGCGACGCUCUGGGGCGUCCGGGGAGAGCAUCGCGACGCUCUGGGGCGUCCGGGAGAGAGCAUCGCGACGCUCUGGGGCGUCCGGGAGAGCAUCGCGACGCUCUGGGGCGUCCGGGGAGAGCAUCGCGACGCUCUGGGGCGUCCGGGAGAGCAUCGCGACGCUCUGGGGCGUCCGGGGAGAGCAUCGCGACGCUCUGGGGCGUCCGGGGAGAGCAUCGCGACGCUCUGGGGCGUCCGGGGAGAGCAUCGCGACGCUCUGGGGCGUCCGGGGAGAGCAUCGCGACGCUCUGGGGCGUCCGGGGAGAGCAUCGCGACGCUCUGGGGCGUCCGGGGAGAGCAUCGCGACGCUCUGGGGCGUCCGGGGAGAGCAUCGCGACGCUCUGGGGCGUCCGGGGAGAGCAUCGCGACGCUCUGGGGCGUCCGGGGAGAGCAUCGCGACGCUCUGGGGCGUCCGGGAGAGCAUCGCGACGCUCUGGGCGUCCGGGGAGAGCAUCGCGACGCUCUGGGGCGUCCGGGAGAGCAUCGCGACGCUCUGGGGCGUCCGGGAGAGCAUCGCGACGCUCUGGGGCGUCCGGGAGAGCAUCGCGACGCUCUGGGGCGUCCGGGGAGAGCAUCGCGACGCUCUGGGGCGUCCGGGAGAGCAUCGCGACGCUCUGGGGCGUCCGGGAGAGCAUCGCGGGGGGGUGGGAGACGCUCUCUGGGGCGUCCGGGGAGAGCAUCGCGACGCUCUGGGGCGGCUGGGGAGAGCAUCGCGACGCUCUGGGGCGUCCGGGAGAGCAUCGCGACGCUCUGGGGCGUCCGGGGAGAGCAUCGCGACGCUCUGGGGCGUCCGGGGAGAGCAUCGCGACGCUCUGGGGCGUCCCGGGAGAGCAUCGCGACGCUCUGGGCGUCCGGGAGAGCAUCGCGACGCUCUGGGGCGUCCGGGAGAGCAUCGCGACGCUCUGGGGCGUCCGGGGAGAGCAUCGCGACGCUCUGGGGCGUCCGGGGAGAGCAUCGCGACGCUCUGGGCGGCCGGGGAGAGCAUCGCGACGCUCUGGGGCGUCCGGGAGAGCAUCGCGACGCUCUGGGGCGUCCGGGGAGAGCAUCGCGACGCUCUGGGGCGUCCGGGGAGAGCAUCGCGACGCUCUGGGGCGUCCGGGGAGAGAGCAUCGCGACGCUCUGGGGCGUCCGGGAAGAGCAUCGCGACGCUCUGGGGCGUCCGGGGAGAGCAUCGCGACGCUCUGGGCGUCCGGGGAGAGCAUCGCGACGCUCUGGGGCGUCCGGGAGAGCAUCGCGACGCUCUGGGGCGUCCGGGGAGAGCAUCGCGACGCUCUGGGCGUCCGGGGAGAGCAUCGCGACGCUCUGGGGCGUCCGGGGAGAGCAUCGCGACGCUCUGGGGCGUCCGGGGAGAGCAUCGCGACGCUCUGGGGCGUCCGGGGAGAGCAUCGCGACGCUCUGGGGCGUCCGGGGAGAGCAUCGCGACGCUCUGGGGCGUCCGGGGAGAGCAUCGCGACGCUCUGGGGCGUCCGGGGAGAGCAUCGCGACGCUCUGGGGCGUCCGGGAGAGCAUCGCGACGCUCUGGGGCGUCCGGGGAGAGCAUCGCGACGCUCUGGGGCGUCCGGGGAGAGCAUCGCGACGCUCUGGGGCGUCCGGGGAGAGCAUCGCGACGCUCUGGGCGUCCGGGGAGAGCAUCGCGACGCUCUGGGGCGUCCGGGGAGAGCAUCGCGACGCUCUGGGGCGUCCGGGGAGAGCAUCGCGACGCUCUGGGGCGUCCGGGGAGAGCAUCGCGACGCUCUGGGGCGUCCGGGGAGAGCAUCGCGACGCUCUGGGGCGUCCGGGAAGAGCAUCGCGACGCUCUGGGGCGUCCGGGGAGAGCAUCGCGACGCUCUGGGGCGUCCGGGGAGAGCAUCGCGACGCUCUGGGGCGUCCGGGGAGAGCAUCGCGACGCUCUGGGGCGUCCGGGAGAGCAUCGCGACGCUCUGGGGCGUCCGGGGAGAGCAUCGCGACGCUCUGGGGCGUCCGGGGAGAGCAUCGCGACGCUCUGGGGCGUCCGGGAGAGCAUCGCGACGCUCUGGGGCGUCCGGGGAGAGCAUCGCGACGCUCUGGGGCGUCCGGGGAGAGCAUCGCGACGCUCUGGGGCGUCCGGGGAGAGCAUCGCGACGCUCUGGGGCGUCCGGGGAGAGCAUCGCGACGCUCCCUCCCACCUCCCUGGGGCGUCCGGGAGAGCAUCGCGACGCUCUGGGGCGUCCGGGGAGAGCAUCGCGACGCUCUGGGGCGUCCGGGGAGAGCAUCGCGACGCUCUGGGGCGUCCGGGGAGAGCAUCGCGACGCUCUGGGGCGUCCGGGGAGAGCAUCGCGACGCUCUGGGGCGUCCGGGGAGAGCAUCGCGACGCUCUGGGGCGUCCGGGGAGAGCAUCGCGACGCUCUGGGGCGUCCGGGAAGAGCAUCGCGACGCUCUGGGGUCCGGGGAGAGCAUCGCGACGCUCUGGGGCGUCCGGGGAGAGCAUCGCGACGCUCUGGGGCGUCCGGGGAGAGCAUCGCGACGCUCUGGGGCGUCCGGGGGAGCAUCGCGACGCUCUGGGGCGUCCGGAGAGCAUCGCGACGCUCUGGGGCGUCCGGGGAGAGCAUCGCGACGCUCUGGGCGUCCGGGGAGAGCAUCGCGACGCUCUGGGGCGUCCGGGGAGAGCAUCGCGACGCUCUGGGGCGUCCGGGGAGAGCAUCGCGACGCUCUGGGGCGUCCGGGGAGAGCAUCGCGACGCUCUGGGGCGUCCGGGGAGAGCAUCGCGACGCUCUGGGGCGUCCGGGAGAGCAUCGCGACGCUCUGGGGCGUCCGGGGAGAGCAUCGCGACGCUCUGGGGCGUCCGGGAGAGCAUCGCGACGCUCUGGGGCGUCCGGGGAGAGCAUCGCGACGCUCUGGGGCGUCCGGGGAGAGCAUCGCGACGCUCUGGGGCGUCCGGGGAGAGCAUCGCGACGCUGGGGGCGUCCGGGAGAGCAUCGCGACGCUCUGGGGCGUCCGGGGAGAGCAUCGCGACGCUCUGGGGCGUCCGGGAGAGCAUCGCGACGCUCUGGGGCGUCCGGGGAGAGCAUCGCGACGCUCUGGGGCGUCCGGGAGAGCAUCGCGACGCUCUGGGGCGUCCGGGGAGAGCAUCGCGACGCUCUGGGGCGUCCGGGGAGAGCAUCGCGACGCUCUGGGGCGUCCGGGGAGAGCAUCGCGACGCUCUGGGCGUCCGGGGAGAGCAUCGCGACGCUCUGGGGCGUCCGGAGAGCAUCGCGACGCUCUGGGGCGUCCGGGGAGAGCAUCGCGACGCUCUGGGGCGUCCGGGGAGAGCAUCGCGACGCUCUGGGGCGUCCGGGAGAGCAUCGCGACGCUCUGGGGCGUCCGGGAGAGCAUCGCGACGCUCUGGGGCGUCCGGGGAGAGCAUCGCGACGCUCUGGGGCGUCCGGGGAGAGCAUCGCGACGCUCUGGGGCGUCCGGGGAGAGCAUCGCGACGCUCUGGGGCGUCCGGGGAGAGCAUCGCGACGCUCUGGGGCGUCCGGGGAGAGCAUCGCGACGCUCUGGGGCGUCCGGGAGAGCAUCGCGACGCUCUGGGGCGUCCGGGGAGAGCAUCGCGACGCUCUGGGGCGUCCGGGGAGAGCAUCGCGACGCUCUGGGGCGUCCGGGGAGAGCAUCGCGACGCUCUGGGGCGUCCGGGGAGAGCAUCGCGACGCUCUGGGGCGUCCGGGGAGAGCAUCGCGACGCUCUGGGGCGUCCGGGGAGAGCAUCGCGACGCUCUGGGGGCGUCCGGGGAGAGCAUCGCGACGCUCUGGGGCGUCCGGGAGAGCAUCGCGACGCUCUGGGGCGUCCGGGGAGAGCAUCGCGACGCUCUGGGGCGUCCGGGGAGAGCAUCGCGACGCUCUGGGGCGUCCGGGGAGCAUCGCGACGCUCUGGGGCGUCCGGGGAGAGCAUCGCGACGCUGGGGCGGGGGAGAGCGCGCUCUGGGGCGUCCGGGGAGAGCAUCGCGACGCUCUGGGGCGUCCGGAGAGAGCAUCGCGACGCUCUGGGGCGUCCGGGGAGAGCAUCGCGACGCUCUGGGGCGUCCGGGAGAGCAUCGUCGGAGGGGGGGGGAGAGGGCGACGCUCUGGGGCGUCCGGGGAGAGCAUCGCGACGCUCUGGGGCGUCCGGGAGAGCAUCGCGACGCUCUGGGCGUCCGGGGAGAGCAUCGCGACGCUCUGGGGCGUCCGGGGAGAGCAUCGCGACGCUCUGGGGCGUCCGGGGAGAGCAUCGCGACGCUCUGGGGCGUCGGGGAGAGCAUCGCGACGCUCUGGGGCGUCCGGGGAGAGCAUCACGACGCUCUGGGGCGUGGGAGAGCAUCGCGACGCUCUGGGGCGUCCGGGGAGAGCAUCGCGACGCUCUGGGGCGUCCGGGGAGAGCAUCGCGACGCUCUGGGGCGUCCGGGAGAGCAUCGCGACGCUCUGGGGCGUCCGGGGAGAGCAUCGCGACGCUCUGGGGCGUCCGGGAGAGCAUCGCGACGCUCUGGGGCGUCCGGGGAGAGCAUCGCGACGCUCUGGGGCGUCCGGGGAGAGCAUCGCGACGCUCUGGGGCGUCCGGGGAGAGCAUCGCGACGCUCUGGGGCGUCCGGGGAGAGCAUCGCGACGCUCUGGGGCGUCCGGGGAGAGCAUCGCGACGCUCUGGGGCGUCCGGGGAGAGCAUCGCGACGCUCUGGGGCGUCCGGGGAGAGCAUCGCGACGCUCUGGGGCGUCCGGGGAGAGCAUCGCGACGCUCUGGGGCGUCCGGGGAGAGCAUCGCGACGCUCUGGGGCGUCCGGGAGAGCAUCGCGACGCUCUGGGGCGUCCGGGGAGAGCAUCGCGACGCUCUGGGGCGUCCGGGGAGAGCAUCGCGACGCUCUGCUGGGCGUCGGGGAGAGCAUCGCGACGCUCUGGGGCGUCCGGGGAGAGCAUCGCGACGCUCUGGGGCGUCCGGGGAGAGCAUCGCGACGCUCUGGGGCGUCCGGGGAGAGCAUCGCGACGCUCUGGGGCGUCCGGGGAGAGCAUCGCGACGCUCUGGGGCGUCCGGGAGGAGAGCAUCGCGACGCUCUGGGGCGUCCGGGGAGAGCAUCGCGACGCUCUGGGCGUCCGGGGAGAGCAUCGCGACGCUCUGGGCGUCCGGGAGAGCAUCGCGACGCUCUGGGGCGUCCGGGGAGAGCAUCGCGACGCUCUGGGGCGUCCGGGGAGAGCAUCGCGACGCUCUGGGGCGUCCGGGAGAGCAUCGCGACGCUCUGGGGCGUCCGGGGAGAGCAUCGCGACGCUCUGGGCGUCCGGGGAGAGCAUCGCGACGCUCUGGGGCGUCCGGGGAGAGCAUCGCGACGCUCUGGGGCGUCCGGGGAGAGCAUCGCGACGCUCUGGGGCGUCCGGGGAGAGCAUCGCGACGCUCUGGGGCGUCCGGGGAGAGCAUCGCGACGCUCUGGGGCGUCCGGGGAGAGCAUCGCGACGCUCUGGGGCGUCCGGGGAGAGCAUCGCGACGCUCUGGGGC